GACUGUUCCUGCAAAAACAGGACGCUCGGAGGAUAUGCUAACUCUGCUUCUUUUCCUUUCCCCAGGUGUGGAGCAGAGGUAGAGUCCUGCACCAUUCUCCCUUACGCACGCCUGGUACUGUGUGGCGCACGUGACAGCUACAUCCUGCCCCACCCCUACCCCCCGUGACACCAGCCAAACUGGACACAUCAGCUUUGGAGCAGGCACAGCCAGGCCGGAGCCUUCCUGAUAGUAACCAGCCCGUUUUCCUCCUCAGCGAAGCACCGGCAGCUUCUGCCUCAACCCCGGAUGGGCGACGGAAGCAACAUGAUGCAACCACCCUCACUGGUGGGUACUGCCAGGGGAACAGGUUCAGGGGAGCACGCCUGUAUUUUGACAACCAACCUCUCUUCACAGGGAACUCUGGGAAUUGCAGCUCUGUGAGGGGAACAGGGGUAUCCUCACAACGCUUAGCCCCCUUAACAAACUACAGUUCCCAGCAUUCUUUGAGGGAAGCCAUGACUGUUUAAAGUGCUAUCAGAGAGUGCUUUUCUUUCCUCAGGGAAUUCAGGGAAAUGUAGUUCUAGAAGGAGGGCACAGCUAGAGAUGUACAAUAAAGGAUUCUUAGAAGCCUCCUGCAAUUCUCGGUGUGUGUGUGUGUGUGUGUUGGAAGAAGCCUUAGCUGUUAUAUGAGUAUAAAUUCAAUAUACAGUGGAACCUUCUCAAAUGGCUUAGUUGACAAACAAAUCAGCUCCCGAAUGGUGAAAACCCGGAAGUGUUUCGGUUUUCAAAUGUUUUUCGGAAGCCGAACAUCCAAUGCGGCUUCUGAUUGAGUGCAGGAAGCUCCUGCACUCAAUCAGAAGCCGCGCCUUGGUUUUUGAACAGUUUCAGGAGUCAAACAGACUCCCGGAACGGAUUACAUUCAAGAAUCAAGGUACCACUGUAAAAUCGUAUAUGCCCUUUAAAAAAGUACUCAGAAUAACUCCUAUUUUCCUAUUUUAAUUGAACUGGAAUAGUUUAUUUUGCAUGUGUUCUUAUUCAGCGCAAUCUUAUGCAUGUCUACUCAGAAGUAAGUCUCCUUAGGGGCAUUCACGUGAAAUGUGUUAAGCCACUCCUGUUGCAUUGGGGGGGGGGCAUCCUGCUCAUUCUUCUCAGUGGGGCUCAGGACAUCGAUCCGAUGGUACCACCGCAGCCAGAAAUAUUAUCUCACACAUUAUCUCACGCAUAAAGAGGAAGGUCCGUAUUAUUAUCUUUGCAUUGCAAGUUCAGGACUAAGGCUGAGAUAACAGCAACUCGCCUAAAGUUUAUGCUCGGGGUGCAAUAUGAGCUAGGGACUUCCUGGUUCACAGCUUGCCCACUUAAACUCUCCACUAUUACACAAGCACUCUUUGGGAAUGGAAGGGCAUUGCACUGUCUUCAAUUAAGGAAAUGAAAUGAUGCUUUAUGGAAAUAUGACCUUUCUGCCGACAGCAGGGACAGUGCCAAAGUUGGGGUCCUUAUCCUAUUUGGCCCAUGCACCAACCCAGAAAACCUGGAAUCUAACUUGAUGCCCACUGGAGAGACCCUUCCCCCCAUGCCAAUUUCUGUCCACUUGUAAAUACAAUGGCAACUAACUUAGAAAAAAGACCACCCUAGGCUGCUGCUUUGCCUUGUACAGUAGCUUUAUUGACAGCAAGGAUGGAGAACCGAAGGCACUCUGGAUCCUGCUGGACUUUUGUCCAAUGCUGACCGGCGUUCGUGCCAAUUAGGGUUGAUUGGAGUUCAACAAAACCUGUAGGUUGAACUUGCAACCUCCUCAACCCUGUUUUACAGCAUGGAGAUUGCGUCAUCGCCUUCUGCAGUUUGCAGAUCACUACACAGGAGAAGUGGCUGGCUUAAAAGCAGCUGUAAAAAAAAAAAGUUUGCAGCUGUAGAUGUAAUGCACCAGGAUUCUAUCAGGAAUCAUAGAUUCUAUCAGGAAUCAUAGACUUCAUAAAACUUAGGGAAGUGCUGGGUGAGAUCCCAUGGACAGUAAUACUAAAAGGAAAGGGGGUUCAUGAUGGCUGGGAGUUUGUUAAGAGGGAGAUACUAAAAGCACAACGUCAGGCAAUACCAAUGAGACGGAAACAUGGAAGGUGCCUAAAGAAGCCAGGGUGGCUAUCUAAAGAACUUUUAACUGAGUUAAGAUUAAAAAGGAUGUGUACAAAAAAUGGAAAAGGGGGGAAACCACCAAAGAGGAAUUCAAACAAAUAGCCAGCACGUGUAGACACAAAGUCAGAAAAGCUAAAGCACAGAAUGAACUCAGGCUUGCUAGAGAGGUUAAAAGCAACAAAAAGGCUUUUAUGGGUAUGUUCAGUAGAAAAAGGAAGAACAAAGAAACAGUGGGGUCACUCAGAGGAGAAGAUGGUGAAAUGCAAACAGAGGACACAGAAAGGGCUGAACUCCUCAAUGCCUUCUUUGCCUCAGUCUUCUCCGAUAAAGAAAACAAUGCCCGACCUGAAGAAUUUGAAGCAAAUGAUUCAGCAAAGGAAACACAGCCCAGAAUAACUAAGGAGAUAGUACAAGAAUACUUGGCUAGUUUAGAUGUAUUCAAGUCUCCAGGGCCAGAUGAACUGCAUCCAAGAGUAUUAAAAGAACUGGCAGAUGUGAUCUCAGAACCACUGGCAGUCAUCUUUGAGAAUUCCUGGAGAACAGGCGAAGUCCCGGCAGACUGGAGGAGGGCAAAUGUUGUCCCUAUUUUCAAAAAGGGGGAAAGAGAGGACCCAGAGGACCCAGUCCGCCCAGUUUUCAAAAAGGGGAAAAGAGAGGACCCAGACCGCCCAGUCGGUCUGACAUCAAUACCAGGGAAGAUUCUGGAGCAGAUCAUUAAGCAAACAGUCUGUGAGCACCUAGAAAGGAAUGCUGUGAUCACCAAUAGUCAGCAUGGAUUUCUGAAAAAUAAGUCAUGUCAGACUAACCUGAUCUCGUUUUUGACAGAAUUACAAGCCUGGUAGAUGAAGGGAACGCAGUGGAUGUAGCCUACCUUGAUUUCAGCAAGGCAUUUGACAAGGUGCCCCAUGAUAUUCUUGUAAAGAAGCUGGUAAAAUGCGGUCUUGACUAUGCUACCACUCAGUGGAUUUGUAACUGGCUGACUGACCAAACCCAAAGGGUGCUCAUCAAUGGUUCCUCUUCAUCCUGGAGAAGAGUGACUAGUGGGGUGCCACAGGGUUCUGUCUUGGGCCCGGUCUUAUUCAACAUCUUUAUCAACGACUUGGAUGAUGGACUCAAGGGCAUCCUGAUCAAAUUUGCAGAUGACACCAAAGUGGGAGGGGUGGCUAACACCCCAGAGGACAGGAUCACACUUCAAAACGACCUUGACAGAUUAGAGAACUGGGCCAAAACAAACAAGAUGAAUUUUAACAGGGAGAAAUGUAAAGUAUUGCACUUGGGCAAAAAAAAUGAGAGGCACAAAUACAAGAUGGGUGACACCUGGCUUGAGAGCAGUACAUGUGAAAAGGAUCUAGGAGUCUUGGUUGACCACAAACUUGACAUGAGCCAACAGUGUGACGCGGCAGCUAAAAAGCCAAUGCAAUUCUGGGCUGCAUCAAUAGGAGUAUAGCAUCUAGAUCAAGGGAAGUAAUAGUGCCACUGUAUUCUGCUCUGGUCAGACCUCACCUGGAGUACUGUGUCCAGUUCUGGGCACCACAGUUCAAGAAGGACACUGACAAACUGGAACAUGUCCAGAGGAGGGCAACCAAAAUGGUCAAAGGCCUGGAAACGAUGCCUUAUGAGGAACGGCUAAGGGAGCUGGGCAUGUUUAGCCUGGAGAAGAGGAGGUUAAGGGGUGAUAUGAUAGCCAUGUUCAAAUAUAUAAAAGGAUGUCACAUAGAGGAGGGAGAAAGGUUGUUUCCUGCUGCUCCAGAGAAGCGGACACGGAGCAAUGGAUCCAAACUACAAGAAAGAAGAUUCCACCUAAACAUUAGGAAGAACUUCCUGACAGUAAGAGCUGUUCGACAGUGGAAUUUGCUGCCAAGGAGUGUGGUGGAGUCUCCUUCUUUGGAGGUCUUUAAGCAGAGGCUUGACAACCAUAUGUCAGGAGUGCUCUGAUGGUGUUUCCUGCUUGGCAGGGGGUUGGACUCGAUGGCCCUUGUGGUCUCUUCCAACUCUAUGAUUCUAUGAUUCUAUGAUUCUAGGAUAGCAAAACAAGAACUGUAGAAGCAAGAACUCCAGCUCUUAUAAGCCACACCUAUUUCAUAGAAUUGUAGAGUUGGAAGGGACCGUGAGCGUCAUCUAGUCCUGCGAUGCAGCAAUCUUUUGCCCAGCAUGGGGCUCGAACCCACAACCCUGAGAUUAAGAGUCUUGUGCUCUGCUGAUUGAGCCAGCCCAGCUUUAAAAGGGACUUUAGAGUUGGGUAGGAACAUGGCUUAGGACUGUUUCUAAGGGAGGCAGAAUUUAGUGGGUGCAACAUUUCCCCUGCACAAAGUUGCAGCGAUGGGAAGCCUGUUGAAUUUCUACCCAUUGUGCAACUGUUAGAGAUACAGGAACCUUGCUAGGGUGAAAAAAAAAGUUGGCAGAGAGAGACAGUCCUGCCUGUGGGCAUGGGAUUCGCCAGAAAACUUUGCUCUGGUUCCAGCAGCUGUGGCCGCUCUCAAUCUUUGCCACCUUAAAGAAGCUCUGAACAAUUUCCUGUAGGAAAGGGAACCCAGAUCCCGAGAACAGUCUUCACAAGUACAGGCCUGCAGUUCUCCAGGAGAUCAGACUGUGCCACUCCCUGCAAAGAUAGCUGGUUUGGCUCCAAUCACGCCUAAGUUGGCAACUUCUGAUUAAAAUGAAAUCGAACCAGCGUGCCUGGGUGGAGCCGAUAUGAAAAAAAAAAGGAUGCCUGUUUGCUAUCGGGACUAGUGCUGGCAAGCACAAUGGGCUGUGCUGAGUCUGUCUUUCAGUUCAAGCUGCCCUGGUUUCCCCAAUGAAUCAUUCUCCACCGGCUGCCGCCUGUUACAAUGAGGCUCCCAGGAUACGGGACAACUGUGGACCUUCCUUCUGUGUGGAUUUCUAAGGUCUCUGUGUAGCAGGGGAAGGUACAUGUUGAUGCCAAUGAGAUGGAAGGCACCAGCUGGCAUCUGUGGUGGCUGCUGCACAAGGCAGCCCUCUCUUCCUGCUGCCUCUUGCUAAACCAGUUUUGCAGCUUUCCGGAACAGUUACAAAACCUUGCAGCAGCUGCUUGACGGAAAACAAGGCUGGAUGAGUGUUCACAUGCAGGAGCAGCAACUCCUCAUUCAAACCAACUUCCGUCCCUCUGGAACAGUUGUUACCUGACUCCAGUUCUCUCCCUCUGAAAACCUCCAGUUUCUUUCUCGCCGCGUUAUCUACCCACAUCCGCCCACAAGGAGGCAGCAGUUCUCUUUCAGUCGGAGAGAAAGCAGCGGUUUAUUGCUGGUUCAAAGAGGCAAAGAAGAAGCAGAGCUGCUCUCUUUGCAAUUGCUAGGCUAGAGACUCUCGAAAAAGGGGACGUGUGUGGCCCUUCUGCACACCCUCACGCUCCAGGUUUAGCAAGUGGGUCAGAAUUAGUAUUGUGGAUUCAUUACAUUGCAGAAAAUUUCCUAUGCCAUGCUAAUUAUUCCAGAUCUCGAGCAAGUGAGUCAACUCACAAACUGCAAAGGAAGCCAGUUCCCCCACUCACAAACCCCCAAAAGUUCUUUUUUUUUAUUUUAAAAAAAGACCUCCAUAGUUUUAUGGAAUGUAUGCAUGCAUUACAUUUAUAUCUCAGCUUUCUUUCAAGGAGCUCAAGGUAGUGUCUCUCUCCUUUCCCAUUUUAUCCUCACACAACAACCCUGUGAGGUAGGUUAAGAUAAGCACCUGUGACUGGCCCAAGGCCACCCAGGGAGUUUCACAGCUGAGCGGGGAUUUGAACCCUGGUCACCCUAAUCUGACACGCUAACCACGCCGCUACACUGGGCUAGAUGAUUCUGUAUGUUCCGCAGAGCCACUGGUGCAGCCACAUACCUGCAGUAUGGACUCCCCCAGUUGGAUGGUGUUUCCCAGGUAGAAUAGCCAGGUGACAGGGUUGGGUGGGGAAGGGCAGGGUUCCUGCACACCCUUUUAUUUGUUGUGUAGAAAGGGGGGGUUAGCAAGUCCCCUUAUCCUCUCCCCUCCAUCCCUGGCUACCCUAAUCCCAGGGCUGAUAUUUUAAUGGAGAUAUGGGAGCAAUCACUUUGGGAAGUGAGCUAGUCCAAAACUGGUGAGCUAGUCCAAAACAGGGGUGCAUGUGGGAAACCUCACUUUGGGUGUGUAAACGCUUAAAGCUGGCACUGGGGCCACAUAUGGUGGUUCUAUCUUUGGCAGUGGUGAACCUGUGGCUCUAGCUUCUUUCUUGACUACCAUCAGGCCUGUGACUGUUGGGAUUGGGGAGUCCAGCAGCAUCUCAGAGAGCCAAAGGUUCUCCAGGGCUGAUCUAUCAGACUGGAGCUGAUGGGAGUCAGAAACACCUGAACUGCAUCAGGUUGGCAGAGGCUGAUCUGAGGCAACCCUGGGCUCAAGACCCCUUUUCUGCCCUUCCCAACCCUUUUUGGCUGAAGCCAUAAUAUUUCUUUACUCUUCCCUACAGAGCUCUGCAGUAGCACCAAUGUCCCCGAGGUUGAAAUCAUCAGCUUGCUGGGAGAGCAGCUACCCCUGUACCAACUCCGGGCAGACACUGUGUUUGGGUACGAUCACGGCGAUUGGAUUCACACGCCGCUCGUCGCUCUCGACGCUGCCAGCAGCCUCACGCCGCAGCAGACUGAGGAGACCCUGGAGUAUUUCUGUAAGUGACCUUCAGGAAAACCGGGACCCUAGGGGGCGUACGCACACCGUGGGAUAAUGUGAACACAGUACCGGAUGCAGGCAACUUUUCAGGGUACUGUACGCAUGAUCUCACCCUCUCCGUGUCAACCCUGUCCCGGUUAUUUGUCAAUCUAAGGCUCAUUCUGCUGGAAUGGCUAUAAUUUGUCUGGUGCUGAGAAUGCCCUCACUGCCUCCAUGUGUAUGCAGAGUGCUUUCUCAAGCCACUUCCUGGUAGGGCAGACCUACUGGCGCUGCGGGGAUGUGCCACUCCCCCUCGCCAUGUUUAACUCGUCUAGGAAUCCAAUAGGCAAAAGAGGAAGCAGGACAGUAACUUGGCCACCUCUGCAAAAUACAGACAUGGUAUAGAUAUGAAGGUCUGUGUAUACGUGCAUUGAGGGGAUAGGAAUAGAGAACACGGUUGCACACUACUGAAAACACACCUCCCCGUGUGUACAGACAACUCUUGAGAGCCUGUGUGGUGCAGUGGUCAGAGGGUUGGACUAGGACAUGGGUAGGCAAACCAAGGCCUGUGGGCCAGAUCCAGCCCAAUCGCCUUCUAAAUCCGGCCCGCAGACGGUCCGGGAAUCAGCAUGCUUUUACAUGAGUAGAAUGUGUGCUUUUAUUUAGAGUUUUGGAGUUUGGAUUUGAUAUCCCGCCUUUCACUCCCCUUCAGGAGUCUCAAAGCGGCUAACAUUCUCCUUUCCCUUUUUCCCCCACAACAAACACUCUGUGAGGUGAGUGGGGCUGAGAGACUUCAAAGAAGUGUGACUAGCCCAAGGUCACCCAGCAGCUGCAUGUGGAGGAGCGGAGACACGAACCCGGUUCCCCAGAUUACGAGACUACCGCUCUUAACCACUACACCACACUGGCUCCCACUGCAUUUAAAAUGCAUCUCUGGGUUAUUUGUGGAGCAUAGGAAUUCUUUCAUUCCCCCCCCCCAAAAUAUAGUCCGGCCCCCCACAAGGUCUGAGGGACAGUGGACCGGCCCCCUGCUGAAAAAGUUUCUGACCCCUGUACUAGGAUCUGGAUAGGCCAGACUUCAAAUCCCCACUUGGCUCAAAAUUUGGAGAAAUGUGCAUUUCAAAAGAUGGCUGCAUUUUGGUUUGCAUAUUCUUCUGGUAAAAUGCGAAUUUGGUUGGUUGGCCUUUAAAUGUGAACUGAAUCAAAUUUCUCCCUAAGCCCUAGACACUUUUCAGUCUGGGUUUGGCACUGAAAUGGCCUUGCUGCUCUGGUUGAUUACCUUUACUGGGUGUGACCUUGUUGAUUCUCUUUGAUCCCUCUGUGGCUUAGGGUGCCAUUGACCCAUGGCUUCAUCCUGGAUCCGAUCUGCUGGCUUCCACAUAUUUUCCACAGGCUUCCAGCUUGUUUCCAGGGCUUUUCAACAUCUCUGUGUGUGCAGCUGCCAUCCAGGUGUAUGGAGUGUUGGCAGUACGAAGAUGAUACCCAACCCUAUCUCUCAAUUCCACCUGAGUUGUUGUUGUUGUUUAGUCGUUUAGUCGUGUCCGACUCUUCGUGACCCCAUGGACCAGAGCAGGCCAGGCACUCCUGUCUUCCACUGCCUCCCGCAGUUUGGUCAGACUCAUGUUUGUAGCUUUGAGAACACUGUCCAACCAUCUCGUCCUCUGUCGUCCCCUUCUCCUUGUGCCCUCCAUCUUUCCCAACAUCAGGGUCUUUUCCAGGGAGUCUUCUCUCUUCUCCACCUGAGUUAGGAAAGGACAUUCAGAUGCAGGACCAGUGUCUCAAGGCAGUAAUGGGGGCUUUGAGACUGAAUCCCAGUGGAUUCAGGAGUUGGGUAGGCAGCCUUCUGUGGAUAGAGCUGCACUUCUCCUGAAGAACAGGUGUGCAGCUUGGGGGGGGGUACUCCCUGAACAGGUUGGUGGGGAACCCCUUCUCAGCCUGAGGGCCACAUACCCUCAUGAACAAUCUUUUAGAGGCCACAUGCUAAAGGUGGGUGGGACCAGAGACAAGACUGGGCAUGGCCAGAUGAAAAAAAGGAGCACAGCAACAGCUGUGGCUCUUAGCUUUGUACAGCAGGUACCAUCCCAGCUAUGAACAACUGAGAGGUUUCUCCUUCUACUUGCCAGCCCCUGCUUUGAGAUCUGCAGAAGAGGCACUGCUUGUGGUUCCACCAGUGGGAGUGAUCCAUAGGGUGGUGGCACAAGCCAGGGCCUUUUCUGUGGUGGCCCCUAUAUGUGGAACUCCCUCCCUGGGGAAGUCUGCUUCUUCCCUCUCCCUGAUGGCUUUUCAGUGUCAAUUAAAAAGCAUUGUAGUUUAUUCAAGCCUCUGGCACGUAGUUUGAGGAAUGCGAGUCUACCCAGGUCUGACUGCUAGAUAUUGUGCUUAUGUUUAUAUGCAGUGGAUUCUGCUAUAGGUUUUUAACUAAUGCUUUAUAGUUUUCUUGUGAUGGCUGCUUAGGGGUGGGUGGGAUAACUUUGUGGGCGGCUCUGAGUUUCCACGGGAGGAAAGGUGAAAACAAGGAAGCCCAACAAAUGAAUGGAUAUUCACUAACAUAUGCCUGGUUAAUUCCUUUGGCUAGCCUCUGGUUGGAGAUUCUGAGAAGAGAACUCUGGGCUAAAAUGGUGGUCCAGAAGGAGCUGUUCUUAUGUCCUUGCCUAGGAAACUCGUUCUGAGGUGGAAGCGCCCCCUCCAGCUCAAAUGAAAGCCAGCUGGACAGCUCUGCUGGUGGCCCUAAAUCAGUAUCCACCCUACUUACCCUCUGGACAAGGUCACCAAGAGCUAAUCGUGUCUUAACAAGGUUGGCCGGGGAGAUUUCCGGACUCCUAGAACAUCCCUGCUAUUUCUGAGUCUGAGCUGCGGCAUCUUCUUACUAUCAGCUAUUAAAUACACACACCCCACCACCCUCCUGCUGCUCUGCCCUUCCUGAUUCCACAAGGGACUAGGAAAUUACAUUAAAGGGGGGAGGGCGCGCUCUGAAGGACAGUGAACAAGCGGUCCCCCCUUCCCAGCUGUCUAAAGCACUCUCCCCAUUCAACAAAGGUGGCCUGCCUUCCUAUAAAUGGAAUCCCAGAUAAGCAUAUAACGGUAGGUGGGCUUUAGCAAUGUGUGCCUGGACUCUGCCACUGUGUGCUCACAUGAAUCAUAGAACCAUAGAAUUGUAGAGCUGGAAGGGACCUCAAGGGUCAUCUAGCCCAACCCCCCCCUGCAAUGCAGGAAUCUCAUUCAAUCAUGUGAGCAGACUGAAGUGGCACAACCCAGGCAUGGAUACACAUGGGACUCAGCUAUACAGCUGCAAAUAGAACGUUUUAAGUGUGUUUAAAGUGCAUUAUACAAAUGUGACACCAGAUGGUUGAUGGUGAGCUAAUGGCAAAUUCAAUAUAAAUUUUUAUUUUUUAUUUUUAAAAGCAUUUUCACAGUGGGUUUUUUCGCCUCAUGUGUCUAGAUUCAGCCACACACCCCUCCCCAUCCCUGUCAGGGAAAAGGCUGGAACACUCUGCUACAUUACUGUGUGCGAGGACUUUUUUUGUACUAGAGGGUUUGUUUGGAGGAUACUUUUUUUGCUUUCGCUGUGACAUGACCUCCUACCGGCAGUCUGAAGUAGUACAGCUCAGACACAGACUGCUAGCUGUUGCGUUUUAUAUUGUGAACUUCCCUGAGACCUGUGGGUACAGGGCGGUGUUCAAAUUUAAUAAAGAAGGAGGGGGAGGUUGAGGAAGAGGAGGAACGGCUUGAAUUGGCAUUAGCUUCGCAUGUAGGAUCCAUUGUUGCCUUCUUACCAUUUGGGGGGCUGUUCACGCAGCACUUUCCGCAUCCGCAUGAGCAGUUUGGGGGACUUGUUCCUUGGGCGUAAACUUGUGGCGUGCAGAGAAAACAUGUUGUGUGAACAGCCCUCCACUUACAGGUAUGGUCCAGCACCAUAAUAAAGAUCUGCUCCUUUCUCCAGUUGCCGCAGUCACCAGAAUUGCCACCGGCUGCCUCCGUGCCGGGAGGGUUCAUGUUCUGCUCUUCAGCCGAAGAUGUAUUGCUGCCCUAGGCCAAAAUUACCUUGUCCCUCUCUUUGCGUUAUCUUUAGUAUGCUGUGUGUUCUUUCUCUCUGAGAGGGUGGGCGCAUUUGAGGCUGUGCAUGUGUAGGAUCGUGUGCUCGAAAGCAUGGCUUGCAUUGUGACAACCCCCCUCCCCAAACUGAGCUCUCCAACUAAUCUUCCUCUGCAAAGAUCCCCUGGGUAGCUAAGCAGAUUGCACGGUAACCGAAACAGUGCAGCUAAUUAUGGAGGGGGAUUACCUGCCUCCUGUGCGCAACUUACCUCUGUCCAUAUUUGCUUCUAUCUAUAGCUGUCUCAGCCACACAGGGCCUUCUGCUUCCCUUCUGUGCAGUGCUGGGGAAGGGUUGUAGCUCAGCAGGAGAGCAUAUGCUUGGCAUGCAGAACGUCACAGGUUCAAUCCCCGGGGAAGUUUAUCUGGCACCUUCAUUUUUGAUCCCCUCGAAAUCCAAACUUCCUUCUAAAAUAGAGGGUGGCUAACCCAUGGCCCUUGAUCCACAUAUUAUGGGACUCCAGCUCACAUCUGCCUUAACUAGCAGAGCCCAAUGGUCAGGGAUUAUGGGAGUUUUGUCCACCAGACACAUGGAGAGCCACAGGUGAGCUGCCUCUUCUCUAAAAUGCAAACCUUGGUGAUGUUGCUGUCUUUCCUGCUGCCCUGUCAUUUUCCACAAUCCUUGGCAAGAGCUCCCUUCCUCCUCCUUCCAGCAAAAAUGUCUUCCAUUAUUAAAGCCCCUACAUAAAUUAUUCAGGACUCCCUCGAAACCUUUUCACGCUGCCUGAAAUGCCACGUCUGAUGGAAGCUCUGUAGCUGCCAAAACCCUUCGCUAUGCAAUAUGUAGGUGACCUGGACAUAGGGGACUGGUAUUGAGCCAACAGAACCAUAUAAAGUGAUAGCAGCAGUACUAGCAGUUCCCCAAGGGUGGGGAAAAACUGAUCAUGAUGGAUUACUUUUAUACAAAAAGGUGGGGGUGCUUAAAUAAUUCCUAGCUAACUCCAAAGGCAGAUCAUUGGUGAGAGUCUGCCUAGGGUUUGCACAAUGGGCUGCAGCGAAGUUGCAGCAACAAGAACACCAGCUUGACAUGAACAGGCUCUUCCUAGAGACCCCACCAUGCAUUCACACCAAAGUUAGGGUCACCAGCUUUUUUUUGUUUUGUUUUCUCCAGCUCCUUUGCCUUUAACAACAGCCCAAACUGCACGCAGUAGCAGGUGAUAAUGCUGAUCAGUAUUCCAUUAAAGGAUUCCUCCACAUACAAGCCCAGGAAGGGCUCAGAGACUGGAAACUACUACCAGAUCUCUAGUCCUUGACAAUUUCUAGUAAAGGCAGACUGCCAAUACCUUAUGUGUGUAAACAUGCUUACAUAAGUCCUUACACACUUUCCAGCCUCCUUUGCUCAGACGCAUGUAACACUAAGACGAUUAAAUAUGGCUAUCUAUCUAUCUAUCUAUCUAUCCUUCCCCUCCCCAAUGCACUGUUAUGCAUGGGGCAAAGAUUCCGACUGAUAUACGCUACUGAGUACAAAAUUAGCAUGUGGUGGUUAUUUGGGAUGAAUUGAUCCAGAGAGAGAGAGAGAAAGCGUGUCUGUGGUGAAAUAGCUGAAACCACACCAACCCACACCCUCCCAUUCAGAAAAAAAUACUGCAUAAAGAUGGAGCUGGGAGUGGGAUAGACCAUUCUGCUGCAUAACAACAGGGGGAGGCUGGCUGCUUCUCCCCCCCGUCCCCCGCCCACUCCCCAUUUUCCAUUUGCAACUCUACUACCCAAGCCUUCGGUUCUCAGCUAGCAAGCUGCGCCCUCUGUGCUUUGCGCCGCUCUUUUGACGAGAUGCUCUGAGCUAUGCUAAUAGUCUAUUUCCGCCCCUCCCUCCCUCCUGUAGACCCCCCCUAUUUGUUGAAGCCACAGUGGACUCUUCCCAAGCAGGUGGACAGCAGACUCUAUAAAUAGGGGUGGGUAGGGGCAAGUAGAGGCUGCAUUGCAAAACAGCGCAGGAGGGGAGCGUGGGUUGCGUCUGUUGCGCUUAUACACGCGUUUGCAGCCCCUCUGCUUGCUUUGCACAACUGUUUGGCCUCUUGCUGGGAGGAAGGGAAGAGGCGCGUGUCCUCCUGUUAGAUUCAUGUUGCCCACGGAGGUCGGGGAAUUGCUGGUCUCGCAGGGGAUGGAAUUCUGGACCAGCCCUGCCUCUUACGACGAAGUCAACGGGAACACGGAGCUGGCUGAUAACACGGACUUGAUAUCCCAGGAGCUGGAGGAGGGUAAGAAGGCAGGGGGAUAAAUGGGAGGUAGGGUUGGGAAGAGAGGGCAGCGCGGGUGCGAGGCUUGGGCUCGCAGAUUGAUGUUGCGGUCUCUGACCUUCAGUCUCCUUUGAGCUCCUGAAGAUGUAUGUGAGCAGACGACCUGACCUGGUGGUGGUGGGGAGAUUGGAAAGCAUUGUCCAAUCUGCUAUAAGCAUUGCCCAGAUGCUAUAUGGUAGGGAUAGACGAUGGGUUUCUGGUGGAUAUAUAUAUAAAAUCCUUUAUCCACCUGUGUGCUGAGAUGGAGCAGAGUUGUUGAAAGGCUUGCCUGUUAUUAUUUUACUUAAUGGACUUACGCAUCACUUUUUUUUCUCCCUUUACAAAAUGUAAAGCGACUUACAAUAUAAUGCAAUGCAAAAAUUAAAAGCGAGAUGAAACCAAAACAAAAGGAAAACUAAAAACAGUGAUAGACAUUUAAAAAGCAGGCCAACAAAUCCGAGCCACCGAGAGAGAGAGGCUGCAGUGUCUGGACCCUGCUCUACCUGACUGCAAUAGAUGCUGGGCAAGUGUGUGUCUGGGAGAAGCUGUCAGUUACUGCCUGUAACCCGCUUUUCUUCCAGAAGGUUAUCAAGGAAGUGUGACUGUUCUUUUCUGCUUUCUGUAGGGCUGGCAUUCCCAACCCCACCCAGGCUCUGCCCCUGUGGCUUCAGCAUCCACCUGACACACACUUGCAGGUGUGUGCUUUCUCCACCACUUGGUUGUCACAGCUGAAAUAGCCUCCCUGGUUUUGUUCCUGCUUUUCAGGGAUGCUCUUGAAGGCCCCAGGAGCUCAGCCAGUUUUAAGGGACAAAGCUGGCUCCUAGCUCGAUGGUUUAAUCCACUUUGUUGGAGCUUGCCUCUUCAGGCUGAGAAAAGAACCCAGAAGUCCCGACUGACUCUCACUUUACUCCUCUGAGUUCUUGCUUGCUUUAUUUAGCAUUGCACUUCUAUCCCACUUCUCCUGCAAGGAGCGCAAGGUGGUGCACAUGGCUCUUCCCCCCCUCCCUGUUUUCAGCCUCGCAACCAUCCUGUGAGGGAGGUUGUGUGGAGAAACAAGGCCUGGCCCAAGGUCAUCCAAGUGGCUGAGUCAGGAUGCGAACUCUGGUACCCCAGGUACUGGUUGGACACUGUAACCGCUACACUGACACCUUCCUCAGUUGGGAGUAGAGGGAAAUCUAGAGUCUGGGAUCACCAUUGUAGGUAGAUGGUCUGUCCUGCCUUUCAACAGGUGAAUUAGAUCAAAUGACCUUUGCAGAUUUUCCCAUCUUAAUUCCCACUUCUUUCUCUUCUCCACUCACCAAAGUGAAGCUGGAAGUGAAACUUCAUGAUAUUUGGAGUUUAAGAUCCCAUGCAGACAGUUAAACAAAAAUUAUAUGGGUGUGUGGCAAUUCAUAACUGUUUACUGGCAUCUCAUAGGGAGGAAUGGGGCAAGGCCUGAUAGUUUAAAGAGCUCUGGAAGUGUUUUUUUGGAGUGAGGGAGGAGGAGAAUAGCUGUUUUCUUCCCCUCAGAGUUGCCUCUCUAUUAAAAUGACAAAGAAGUGUUCCUAUUAGACCCUUGUUUAAAUGUAAUUAAGCAUGGUGAUUUUGAGGGGCUGGGUGGUCUCCCUUGUGUGAAAAACAAUGAAAUGUUUGAGGUGAGCAGAGGGUUCCCUGAUCUAUAGAGAGAGUUUUGUAAAUAAGAGUUUUAAUCAACAUUUCCUUUAGAAGAAUGUUGGCCCUCUAAAUGCAGGGCAAUCAAGGACAACAGACUUUGAAAAGGGAGGCGCUCCAUUUUCUGUUAAAAAAUAAAUGAGGCGUCUGAGUAUCUGCACAAUCGCUGGGCCUCAUAUGUUCUUUCAUACAUAUUUGUAUAGGAAUAAGACCUGGCUUUGGGAGAAAAAUGUAUUAUGCAGAAUCACUUGCCAAGAGAACUGGGGACAGACUGCAGGUUCCUUUCGUUGUUGAAUAUAUACAUUUUUUUCUGUGUUCAUAUACAAAAUUGCCAUGUGUGCAAUGGGACGCUGGGAGUUCAAUAGAGCUGAAUUAACAUACGUCUCUCUUGAUGACUCACCAUUAGAUUUCCUGCACCUGCACUUAUGGCUGCCUUGUCGGAACAUAAAUUACCUUGUGGUUGAAAGGAUUCCAGGUGAUGGGGGAGUACCUCCUUUGAAGUUUGAAAUGCAAUGGCUCUUUCCCACAUGCAAUGCCAUGGUUGGGUUAUGAUCAAGCCGUUGAACUUGCUUGUGUGAACUUGGCUUCAUAUUAUUUUUUCCAUGGGUUUUUAAUGAACUUGGGGGUAGAAAUGUCCACUCGAUGAUUCAUAGGAAUGCUCCGCAAAAAGCAGGUGUCCUACCAAUCGUGUGGUGGUCCCUGGGCAGGAUAAGGUAGACCAGCCUUGCAAAUAAGACCAUGAAACUCACUAGUCGAAGUCUUGGGUAAUUUGUCUGAAUGUGCUGCAUUGUUUGUAGGUAUUGUAGUAUAUCAGCCUUGGUGUGACCAAGGCCCCUUGCACCUCCAGUAGUUUAGCAUCACUGUUAGGUUUUAAUAGCUGGCUUCUUUCUUUCAAUUGGUGCUGGCUGGUGUCCUUUGGGGACAGGUAGAGCAAAAGACAGGGAGAAGGUGGAGCUGGUGCAAAUGGGGACUGGUAGGGUGGGAGGCAGGGAGACCAACAGUAGGGGGCGCCAGAGCUAAUGCCACCACUCCCUGAUUGGUUGCAAGAAAGAAGGCAGUCAGGUAGGGGCUGGCUGAGCCUGAGAACAAACUCAGGUGGGUGGGGCAGGCUCUCAUUCACUCUGAUGCACCAUCCUUCUCUGCUAAUUUGAUGGCAUGCGUGUGUAAGAUUGGUUGCUCUUUUUGUGUAUGUGUAAACUGCCUUGGCAUUCUAUCUAUAUCAUCUAUAUAACUAUAUCUAUAUCUAUCUAUCUAUCUAUCUAUCUAUCUAUCUAUCUAUAUCUCAGACUACACUGUACUGUUAUUAUUUUCUAAAACAUCAUUGGGGACAGUGUUCAUGAGAUCAGCCAAUACGCUCAUACCUAUGUAGGAUCUGGAAUAUCCACCAAUACUUAAACCAACAUCCAAACAAUUCUGUUCCCAGCUACCUGUUUCCUCCUUUUCCUUGCGGCUUUUGUGUCUUGAGUCGACCUGCUUCGUGGGCCGAGAUUUGGGUUGACCGUCUGGCUGCGAAAGGGAUCAAGGAUGCCUUCUGCCCGCAUCCCAUUUUGAAGUUUACCUCACGAUAGCUGCCCAUUGUUUCCUUUAUCACUAUUAAGCUCCUGGAUUAAGGCCUAAAUAAAGGCCUUAAUCCGAAAGCUCAAUAAAGAUAAAAUGAAUACUGAUCAUUUAUCUUCCUUCUGAAGUAUUGAGGGGGUAUUUUCUCUCCAAGGUAUUUCAGGACCGUUACAAUGAGGGGCAGGAGGACAAUAUUUCUGUUUUAGUGCUUAUUGAUUUAUUUUUUAUAUAUAUAGAAAAUGUCAGUUUUAUUGCUGUGUCCUGCCCUGAGAUCAUUUUGACAGUGAAGGGAUGAAAGGAAGUUUUGUAAAUAAACUAAAAUAAUGCUGAAACAGAAAUUGAUUUCCUUUUGGGGAGACCUAGUGGCUGUGUUUUGCUUGAUGCUUAAGAAUUCUAAUUCUGCUUUAUGUGGGGUGAGGGAGUCAUUUUCCUUCCAGCACACUGACUCUGGGUUUGGGGCUGCAGAUUUUUCUUUCAGCUUGCCGUUCUUAAGCCUAUUGAAAGUUUCCUGGCUUGCUUGAACUGUAUGGUGUUACGUUAUCUUGUGCUGUGUACUAUAUAGAUUAUUUGGUGUGAUGUAUGCGAUGUGUGUGUGUAGGAUUUAGCCCGGAGGCAAGACUUGAACUUGUUGAUCUGAGCUCUGUGGACCCACUGGAAGCCAUAUUCCACCGUGGCUGCAAGGAUUUCACCUGUUUAAAAGCCUUGAUGAAGUGCUUAAAAAACAAUGUUAUUCAUUAAUCACUUAAACAUGCCCUUCUUUCAGGCUUGGACAGUUUUCGAAAUUCACCAGGUGCAUUUUGCAAUUGCCAUGGGUCCAAAUGUGACCACAUGAAAAUCUCUCGAUGCCAGGUUGCCAACUGGGGAAAGCAAAACUUACCUAGAGAACCUGAAAUUUUUUCCUUGAAGCUUGAACUAGUUUUAUUCUGGAUUGUUUUGUUUAAUGUUUUAAUGUGUUGUAAACCACUUUGAGAUUUGUUCCUUAAAAUAUAAAGAGGUAUAGAAAUUAGCAAUAUUAUCAAUAUUCAUCCAGCGGGGAAGGGAAAUGACACCUGGACGUUCCAUAGGGGCGAUGGUGCCUAGCUUACAUAUCUGAGUUUCUAGCACUGCUACUUGGUGAUGCCAGGGGUUGAACAUUCCCACAUCCUCCUGCAGACUGAGUUGUGAUCUAUGGAUCAUGAGUAUUGCCAGCAUUCUGAUUCUUGCUCAUCAGGUCACUCUUAUCUCCCCUGUGCACCAAUCACACCAGAAAGGGAGCGACUUGUAAUAGCAAAAUUGUCGGGAGCAGACAUGUCUGAAAGUUGGGGGUGUACCAAUGUUUAGAGUAAAUAACGGAAGCUGCCUGAUAUGUGUAAUGACCCACCCUUUGACAACAGAGUGCUCUCGAUGCGCUAGCUAUAAUGUGUAGACCAGCCUUUCCGAUGGACGGCAAAAAACGGAAGCGGAUAAAAGUGAAGCAUAUUAGCAACAUGCCCCUAAAGACUUCAGUUUUGGAAAUCCCACUAGCAAUGGCGCUUCACAUGCCUUGCACUUAGUGAUCCUCACCACACCCCUGCAAAGUAGGUCAAUACUGCUUACUUGAAUGUUACGGCUUAUAACAGGAGGCUGCCUGAUGUGUUUUCAAAGGGAGCAUAUUUUGUCAUGCUAGACCCGGAAGACUGGAAUGUCCGAAUCCUUAAAAUCUUGGACACUGACUUGUUUCCUGUGUUUGUUGUACAGAAGUAAAGGAGAUGGUAGAACUGCAAGUCCUUGCUGGCUAUGCACGGGAAUAGCUAGGUGAACAAGGGCCUUGGGCGUCUACGCAGCUGUCUUGUUUAUCCCUGCUCUGCUGGAAUUCAUGCUCCAAUUAUUUUCAAUUAUGGCUCACAUGGAUGAUGAGGUGCCAAAGGGAGGGGGUCCCCGUAUGGCACAAAGGGGGCUGGGCAGGCAGGGCGGCAUGCCAACUGCAGGACCAUCAUGGCGUCUCUCCGCUGUGCAGACAUGCCACUAGGCACGCACGCAAGAAAGGAGGUGGGGUUAGCUGGCUGGCUUGAUUUAAUGGCAGCCGGGCGGGGAAGGACUGGACGUCCCGCCUGGCUGGGUGGGGGAGUGGACAGGGAUCAUAACUGCUUUGACUGUGGCCCGACUCCAUUGCAUAACAGCCUCAUCUGAGAAGUGCAUAAUGGGAUUCGAUGUCGUCUCCGAUAGUUCCAGCUAACCUACUUUCCUUGCGUCAGACGGCUGUGGCUGGGAACAGAUAGGCUUAGCUCUGCAGGGCAAUGAUCUGCACUUGCUUGAACCCAGCAGCGUAAGGGUGAGAAGCCGAGGUGAGCAGGAGGACUUAUUUGGGACCAUGGCUCUGAGGGAAACCUUCGGAGCGUUCUGGAUCUCUGGCAUCCCCUUGCUUGGACAUUUCUCUGCUCCCUUUAUUUCAGACUACAGUGGUACCUCGGGUUACAUACACUUCAGGUUACAGACUCUGCUAACCCAGAAAUAUUACCUCGGGUUAAGAACUUUGCUUCAGGAUGAGAACAGAAAUCGUGCUCUGGCAGCACGGCGGCAGCGGGAGGCCCCAUUAGCUAAAGUGGUGCUUCAGGUUAAGAACAGUUUCAGGUUAAGAGCGGACCUCCGGAACGAAUUAAGUACUUAACCCAAGGUACCACUGUAUUAGCACAGUGCAUAACUCCUGUUGGAACGGUUGCAGGGGCAAAAGCCCCCAAGCAGGGCAACGUGGUUCCUGGAUCUUAGAUCUCGAUUUGAUCCGGUGGAAUGUGAAAUAUUCAUUUCCCCCACCUACAGAAGAUUGUGCUUGAACAAAAUGGAAAUUUAGAGGCAACUGUUUACAACUGAUUUCCUAGUGGGACGGGUCGUAUCUCUGAGGUGGAUCACAUGGUUUGCCUGAAUAAGGUCCCAGGUUGAACCCUGGUGUUUCCAGGCAGGGCAGCGAAUCACUCCUGUCAGUCUGCAUAGACCAUAGGUGGCCAAUGUGUUUUCCUCCAGAUGUGGUUGGACUCCAGCUGCCAUAACCCCUAGCUGUUGGUCAUGCUGGGAGUCAAAAGACCAACGUCGGCAGGACAACAACUAUCCUUGAUAUAGACAAUAUUGAGGUGGAUGGAUCAGUGGUUUAACUAUGCUUAAGGCAGCUUCCUAAUACAGCCUAGAUCUAGGCCCUCGAGCUGCGGUUCCCCCAUCAGCUUCACCCAACAUGGCCGACAUCCAAGAAUAAUGGAAGUUCUCCGCCAUUGUGGAGAAGGUUUCUCUCAGAGUUCCCUAACUACUACUUCACGCAUGACCUUGAGUGCCUUUUAGAAACAAAACAGCUUACUAUUGUGCUGAAAAUUUUGGAGAGCAGGUUGAAUCACACUGGAUGAAGCAUUCAUCAUAAAGGCACUUCAGCCCAACAGAGGCCAUUGUGGAAACAUAUUCUUUUUGUUUUCUUCUGACAAACAUAUGUUGAAUUCUUCCUGUCCCUCAUUAACAUACAUCCACAGAGUGGAUAAAAAUCAAUGAUUUAAAAAAUAAUAAGAAGAAAGGAUAUUUUUGAUUUACAUUGAAUUUUUUUGAUUUGCAUUGGACUUUUUUUAAUUUAAAUUGGAUUUUUAAAAUAAAAUGCUUUUGGAGGAAAAAUCUUUCUAAAGAUAGUUUUCUAUUUAAGUUCAUUAUAGUCCAAAGGCUAUUCAUCAGGAAAUAAGGAUUUGUUUUAAGUUUUUCAUGUGUGCUAAAACUCAACAAACAUUAUACAUAUGCUAUAAUGUUUCUGUUUAAAUUAAAUAAACUGUUUAAAUUGUUUUUAAGGAAAUGAUUAUUUUUCUCCUUCCAGUAAAGUACAGCAGAAAAGUUGUCCAAAUAUAAACAGUUAACUUAUUAAACCUCACAAUAAUUUCAUAAUUAUCUGUCAAUGUAUUUCUAAACUAUAACCGAACCAGCAAUUUUUAAUAUAACUGUGAAAACUACUCUGAAAAUUUAUUAUUCCAAAAACGAAACCUUUAUCUGGUUGUAAAUAUUAAGAUAAUACCAGCAAGAAUGAGUCUUUCUGUAAAAAAAAUUGAUUUAAUCAAGUCUUGCUGAGUAGUGAUUUAAGUCAAGUCUUACUGACUAGUGAUUUAAAUUGAUUUGAUUUCAAUCAAACCCACCCUGUACUUCCAUAAGACGCCACACUUCUAGAUAACCAUUUUGUAAUUGACAUCCUGCUGUCGGUCCCUUUCAGUGGCUCUGCUGCGCAUGUACUGGCUUUAAGAGGGGAGAGAGGUCACUUCCUUCAGUCUCUUGUAUUUGGAGAUGUCAGAUUUUCCCUUGCAAAGAAAGACCAUGAAGCCAACCUUAGCUAAGGAGCCUUGGGCAAAAGGUGUGUGUGGGGAAGUGAUGCAAAUCUGAUUGGAACUGACACUGCCCUUAGAGAGAGGCUAAAUAGGGCAAGAUUGACUCUGUAGAGUAGCUUGUUUGAGCACCGGAAAUGUCUCCUUCAAUCCCAUCUUGGCCUGGCUGUGUUUUUUCUUUUCUUCUCUUUUCCAGCUCAAAACAACAUGCAUUUCACUUAACACCAACACGCUUCUGCUUCGGAACGGGACGUUACUUGUCCCUGCCAGGAACCAAAUUUAGUAAAUGCAAUUUAUACCAUCUACUUGGCCCUUAGGCUAGAGUGGAGUAUUUUUACACACUACAUUAUAAAAACACCUUUGAAGCACUUCUUGUGUUGUAUGUGAAUAUUGUUAACUCUGGGUUGGAAAGUGGGAAGAGAGUAGUUUAAAAAUGGAGCGAGUCUUCUGGCUUACGUAGCUGACAUUGUUGUGUUACAGAUGUGGGGGAAUGAAAAAGGUAAUUGUUACCUGGAAAAAAGCUUAGGAUCUGGCAAACCAGGGUUCAAAUUCCAGUAGUCUAGAGGGUUCACUGAGUGGUUUUAAGCAAACAGAGAAAGUGGGAGUGUCUGUGAAUGUUACUCCUUGCAGAAAACAGGUUUCCUGUAGUGCAAGUUUUACAGACACAAACCCUUUUUUUGAGAUGCAUGAUCUUGGCUAAAGAGGUGGAAAUGUGGUUUGGGGUGAGUGUGUGUAUGCUGUUAUUGUUGUUAAAAAAUAAUUCAAAGGACAAAAUCAACCUUCUAAGUUGAAACAAAUGAGGCAGCCAAUGCAGCUGGCACAAUACUGGCAUAAUGCUAGCAGAAUGCUUGACUCUGUUGUUUUCACAAUAAAUUUGUGCGCUAAGCUUUGGGGAGUGUUCCCUCCUCCUGGAAUAAAAGUUAUCUCAUGGCUGGGUGUGUUCUAUGCCAGCACCGAAAAACGACUGAUGAUGAUGACUAUUAUUAACAACAGAAUUCAGCAUUCUGCAAAUCUCCACUUUCAUGAUUUAGUUGUAAGUCUCUGUCCAUAAUGGCUGAAAACAUAUGCUUUGAAUAGUAUGGGAGGUGCCCGCUGAACAGGGGUGAUGAUGGUGCAAGUUUCUUAAAAAACUUGUGUCAUUGCACAAAUUUGCAUUAUAUUUGCAUCUGCUUCUUUGUAAGUGUGAAUGCAGAUUUGGGCUGAAUUUCAGAUUUGUGGGGUGGAGGGAACCUCAAACUCUGGCUGUUGUUGUCAGGGCAUAGGAGCCAACUCCUAGGGGGUAAGGGGUCUUUGUCCCCACCUGUGGGUUAAACCACAGAGCCUAGGACUUGCCAAUCAGAAGGUCGGCGGUUCGAAUCCCCACAACGGGGGGGGGGGGGCUCCCGUUGCUCAGUCCCUGCUCCUGCCAACCUAGCAGUUCGAAAGCACGUCAAAGUGCAAGUAGAUAAAUAGGUACCGCUCUGGCGGGAAGGUAAACGGCGUUUCCGUGCGCUGCUCUGGUUUGCCAGAAGCGGCUUAGUCAUGCUGGCCACAUGACCUGGAAGCUGUACGCCGGCUCCCUCGGCCAAUAAAGCGAGAUGAGCGCCGCAACCCCAGAGUCGGCCACGACUGGACCUAAUGGUCAGGGGUCCCUUUACCUUUACCUUAAUAAAACAUUUGAGGGGGCCGAACCACCCUAAAGAUGAUGGGCAUUGCCAUUCAAAUGGGGUGUGUGUGUGUGUGUGUGCCACAAUUAUAUGUGGCAGGGCUUACCUGCCCCCCCAAUAUUUUAUUCAAGUUGGCACCCUUGUAUCAGGGCUUGCUCUGAUGAGCGAUAACAGGCUUUUCUGAGCCCAGUGCAUUGGAUGUGGAUUGGGCCCUCAGCCUGGCCUGAAAUCUGUUGGCCACAACAGCUUGGGUACAUAUCAAACAAGCCUGGGCAAGUAAAGAUGGCACAUGUCUUGGGGGUCUCACUGGCACUCUGGUAUGCAGUAUGCACAACAGCUCUGUAAGCAAAGGUUGUUUUUUUAAAAGAUCGUUUGUAUUUGUGAGUGUGUUUUCAGUAGACUUUCUUCUGGUGAAGGGGAUAGAUAGCACAGCAGCUGAGCCACUGCUUUGCAUGCAGAAGUCUCAGGUUUAAUCCCUGGUAUCUCCAGGUAGGGCUAGGAGAGACCAACCUCUUGCCUAAUAUCCUGGAGAGGUGCUGCCGGCCAGUGUCCACAGUGCAGAGCUCACUGGAACAAUGGUCUGAUUCGGUAUAAGGCAGAUUCAGGCUAGGACCCUCGUACCUACGGGACCGCCUCACCCGGUAUGCCCCACGGAGAGCCUCAAGGUCCAUAAAUAGCAACACCCUAGUGGUCCCGGGCCCUAAGGAAGUUAGAUUAGCUUCAACCAGAGCCCAGGGCCUUUUCAACUCUGGCUCCGGCCUGGUGGAACGCUCUGCCUCAUGAGACCAGGGCCCUGCAGGAUCUGAUUUCUUUCCACGGGGCCUGUAAGACAGAGUUGUUCCACCUGGCCUUUGGCUUGCAGCCAAUUUGAUUCCCUCCCUCUCUCUCUUUUUUCUUUUUCCUUUCUCCUCCUGUGAUGAGGCUGCAUUUUAAUAUUUUAAUGUUUCAAUAUUUUAAUGUUGUAUUUUAAUCUUGUUUUUAAGUUGUAUUCAUUCAACUUGUUUUUAUUAUUGCUUGUUAGCCGCCCUGAGCCCAGCCUUGGCUGGGGGGGGGCGGGGUAUAAAUAAUAAUAAUAAUAAUAAUAAUAAUAAUAAUUAAUUAGAGAAUGAAUUAAAGGUGCCUCAAGACUCACUUUUUUUGCAGGAGGGAUAUAACUGCAUUUCCAAACUUCAGGUUUGUACCUUUGAAGUGGAAUAAUGAAGGACUCUAUUGCCCUAGUGCAGGGGUCUGCAACCCGCGGCUCCGGAGCCGCAUGUAGCUCUUUUACACCUUUGCCGCGGCUCCGGGGCGGAUACUAGCGAGGGGAGGAGGCGCAUUGUGCGCCCUGACACUCCCCACUGUGGCGGGCGCUGUACUGGCUGUGACAUCGCAUGGGGGCGGUGCGUGCGUUAGUCACGCACCGUCCCAACGUCACCUUCCCACCCGCUGUCAGAUCGGAGGGCAGCGGCGCACAUACUUUAAAUGUCGCAAUGGUUUUGCGGCUCCCAGUUGUUGUUUUUCUUUGGAAACGGGUCCAAGUGGCUCUUUUUGUCUUAAAGGUUGCAGACCCCUGCCCUAGUGCAACAAACCCACUUUAAAAAAAUGACCGGACUAUUUGCUGCAUGGAAAUGCUGAUGGGGUGUGUGUGUGAAUGAACGAUUGACUGAAAGACAGACAAACACCCCAAAAGCAAAUUGGGACGAAUGCAGGAUGAAUGUUCGUUAUCGUGUAACUGCCCCGUACGGAUGCUCAGUAAAGGCUGGAUAUGGUCUGACCUCGUUGUAAGCUAUGCACAAAAAAUCAGGAUGCAUGUUGAACAAUCAGGCCAUCUUGAGGGGCCCUAACUUUUGCAAACUUAAGAAGAUGCAUGCAAAAUAUGUUUAAUGUUCAUAAUUCAUACGAAUCAUAGAAUUCAGAUUUACUUUGUUUAGGAUUUUGCUCUUUGAUCUUGAUGCUUUGUAGCACGAGGUACACUGCCCUAAGUUCUUCCUGCCUUAACAGGAUUACUGAUGUACAGAUGGCAACUAACUCUUUCCCCCUCUCUCUCUUUCCCCACAGUGCUCUGUUCUGAGCGGGUUAGCAGGAUCACUAAGACCUACCAUGACAUAGAUGCCGUCACCAGCCUCCUAGAAGAGGUAACCUUCCUUUGCUACUGACUAUUUGAAGCUCAAACACUGCGCCAAGUCCUGUUCAAGUCGUAUAGUGGGGUAGGAGAGGUGAAAGAAAAAAGUGUAUACAUGUAUAGAAAAAUGAUGUAUAGAUGGUAUUUAACUCCAACUAAAUUAGCUAAGGGGACGCGGGUGGCGCUGUGGGUUAAACCACAGAGCCUAGAACUUGCUGAUCAGAAGGUUGGCGGUUCGAAUCCCCACGACGGGGUGAGCUCCCGCUGCUCGGUCCCUGCUCCUGCCAACCUAGCAGUUCGAAAGCACGUCAAAGUGCAAGUAGAUAAAUAGGUACCACUCUGGCGGGAAGGUAAACGGUGUUUCCGUGCGCUGCUCUGGUUUGCCAGAAGUGGCUUAGUUAUGCUGGCCACAUGACCUGGAAGCUGUACGCCGGCUCCCUUGGCCAAUAAAGCGAGAUGAGCACCGAAUCCCAGAGUCGGCCAUGACUGGACCGAAAGGUCAGGGGUCCUUUUACCUUUACCUAAAUUAGCUAAAAUGUAUAGAAUGAGAAAUAAGAAUUGUUGGAAAUGUAAUGCUAAAGAAGGGGAUUUUUACCAUAUGUGGUGGACAUGCGAUAAAGUUAAACUAUUUUGGGAAAAUAUUUAUAAUGAGUUAAAAAAAAUGUUUAGGUAUAUCUUCCAAAAAACCCUGAAGCAUUUCUGUUGGGUAUGAUAGGAGAGGAAAUACCAAAAGUCGACCAGAAAUUGUUCAUGUAUGCCACUAUGGCAGCUAGAACUUUAUUAGCCCAAAAGUGAAAACAGCAAGAAUUACCGACGGUUGAAGAAUGGCAGACAAGGAUGAUGGACUAUGCAGAAUUGGCAAAGCGAACGGGGAAAAUCCGAAACCAGAGUGACCAAGUGUUCCAGAGAGAGUGGAGUAAAUUUAUUCAGUAUAUAGACAAUCAUUGUAAACAUAUAAAGACACUAGCAGGAUUGAGAUAAACCUCACAAUGUUUAAUAGAAGGAAGCUUCUACAUGUGCUUAAAGACUAAAAUAAUAUUAAGGGGAAAAGCUAGAAUUGAGAUGGUAGAAAUGUGUGGAAAUAUGAUGUAGGUAUACAAAAACCAGACGAUGGGAUGGAGGGAAGUUGAGUGGCUCAGUAGAGCUAAAAAUUUAUAAAAGGAAAUAAGAUUUUAUAUUAAUGUUAAAAAUGGAAAACCAAUAAAAUAUAUAUAUAAAGAAAGAAAUCACAUCUGGCAAUCAAUGUGCCCCUUUAGUUUCAAAUAGCACAUGGGUAGACGAGUCUAAAAAGCCCAGGACACAAAAUUUUCACAUGCCCAUCUAGCAGCUAUGGUGGGUCAUUUACCAGAAGUAAUGUAUUCAGCGUUUACUCUGGAGGUGUAUACUCAAUUCUGACCAAACUAAGCCUUCUGAUGUAUAUUUUAAUCUAGGCGGCUUAGUGCUCUGACAUAGCUCAGUUGGUAGAGCAUGAGACUCUUAAUCUCAGGGUCAUGGGUUCAAACCCCACAUUGGGCAAAAUAUUCCUGCAUUGCAGGGGCUUGGACUACAGGGCCCUCUUGCUCCCUUCCAAUGCUACGAUUCUGCAGCUCAGCCUACCCAUGAAACCCAAGGGGCACAUUGGUUGCCGGAGGUGAAAUAUAUUUGCAUUAUGUUCAGCUCUCCUUCCCCACUAAUAGAAGUGAUGGCAGUCCCCAAUAGAUGGAUAAAGUCAGCUGGCUAUUCAACAGUCAGGAAAAGUCCCCCAAGAAGGAUCUUGAUUUGGAGUGGCAUGGGCAAGAAGGGAAUAAUAAUAAUAAUAAUAAUAAUAAUAAUAAUUUAUUAUCUAUACCCCACCCAUCUGGCUGGGCAUCCCCAGCCACUCUGGGCGGCUCUCAACAAAAUAUUAAAAAGACAAUAAAGCAUCAAACAUUAAAAACUUCCCGAAACAGGACUGCCUUCAGAUGUCUACUAAAAGUCAGAUGGUUGCCUUCAGAUAUCUUCUAAAAGUGGGUUAGUUCUUUAUCUCCUUGACAUCUGAUGGGAGGGCGUUCCACAGGGCGGGCACCACUACCGAGAAGGCCCUCUGCCUGGUUCCCUGUAACUUGACUUCUCGCAGUGAGGGAACCGCCAGAAGGCCCUCGGUGCUGGACCUCAGUGUCUGGGUAGAACGAUGGGAUUGGAGACACUCCUUCGGAUAUACUGGACUGAGGAGCUCUUGAAAAGUGGAUGUUUCAGAAUCAAAUUUCAGCAGGCAGCAUGGAGCAGGGAAGGGAGAAAGAGGAGGCGAGAAGCCUGCUCUGUUAUAACUGCUCCUGUGCUUUCCCCCCAUCCCCACAGAAGGAGCAUGACCUGGAGCUAGCCGCCCGCAUUGGACAAUCGCUGCUGAAGCAGAACCGGAGCCUGUCGGAACGCAAUGAACUCUUGGAAGAACAGCUUGAAUUGGCAAAGGAAGAGGUGAGGAAGCCCCUUCCGGUGUCUGUUGCUGACCAGGGAGGAAGCUGACACUACGUAUGUGUACAUGAAACGCAGGGAGUUUGCUUGCCCCUCCACCCCACUUGGGGUAAAUAGAAAGUGGAGAGAUAAGCUGGGGGUUGGGAGAAAAAGUGAGCUGGUUGUGUGUAUAGCAGUAAAUACAGGAAGGAUGCGUGAAGGGAAUAUUUUUCUGUUGGGUGCAUAGGGUAUAGGACGGUGCUUCUCAAGCUUGGGUCCCCAGCGGUUGUUGGACUACAUCUCCCAUCAUCCCUGACCACUGGUCCUGCCAGCUAAGGAUGAUGGGAGUUGUAGUCCAACAACAGCUGGAGACCCAAGUUUGAGAAAAGCCGGUCUGUGAGCUGCAUCCAGCUGAAGUUUAUUCAGAAUAGGACCACUGAAAUUAAUGGAGCUAAGUUGGCCGUGUCGGUGGGUCUGCUGUUGAGUAGAACUAGCAUUGGUUAACAAUGCUGUAACUUACAGCAGGGGUAAGGACCCUCAGGCGUAGAGGCCAAAGGUGAGCUCCAGGCCUCUCUCUCCAGCCCUUAGGACUCUCCCUAAGGGCCCGCCCCUCACCAACUCUACUUUGCACCCUCCUUGAGUGCUUUCGCUUGGCUGGAAUGUGUCCUUCAACUGUAAUAAGGCCUCUUUCUUGCCUGGAUAGAGAGAUGGGUGUCUGUGUAUUAAAACUUCUGACUUUGCAUGGCUGGAAUGUAGCCUCCUCAAUGAAGUUAGGAUGUAUAGCUCAGUCAGUAGAGCAUUGGCCUCUUAAUCUCAAGGUCAAGUUCCAAGCUGGGCAGAAGAUUCCUGUAUUAAACAGGUUUUGAACAGAUGACCCUUUUAGUCCCCUCUGAUUCUUUGCUGUGCUCAGUUUUGCCUCUGACACCACUGGUGUGCAGUCUCUGGAAAGUUGUCCACAAGGGAAUGCAACCCCCACCUCUGAACUACUAUAAGAUCUGAAGUUAAGGGGUAGCAGGGCUUUCAGAUUAGAAGGUUUAGCUUCCAUGGAACCCAUUGUGCCUCUUCUCUCUCCCCCUCCCCACUUCAAGAUUGCUCAGCUUCGCCAUGAGAUAUCCAUGCGGGACGAGCUUCUGCACCUGUACACCAACAGCACAGAGGAGAGCGAGCCGACCUCUGCCACCUCCACUCCGUGAGUAUCUCAAGCUGGGGUGGAAGGGGAGACCUUCUGCACAAGUCAAACCGUUUAAUUUCUGCUGCCGUCCUCCUGCUCAUCCUCUCCAUGUAGCGAGACGAAUCCAAUGUAGAACGAGGAGAAAGAAACCCCACCUAGAGUCUUCAGAAAUUCUGCAGUUUACACUGUUCAUGCCAGCAGAUCCGAAAAAUGGCUAGCAUCUCCCCUGUGCUUUUCUCUAAUUGCAUUAAAUGCAAAAUUAAAUCAGGAAGAGCCAUCUGUUUGUAACACGGAGCUGUUGUUCCUCAUUUAACCACCAGGUGGUGUGAGAGAUGCAAUGGCCUUGCGGGCGAGAGGGGAGGCGGGAAGAAAUACCGUAUUUACUCAAAUCUGAGGCUCACCUUUUUGGGCCAAAUUACUUUGCGAAAACUAAGGUGCGCUUUAGAUCCGAUGGCACAUUUACAUUCGCCAGCAAAUACUUUCUUUGGUUUCAAGGUUCUGAAAAUGGAGGUGCGCAUGAAAUUUGAUGGCACGUUAGACUCAAGUAAAUACAGUACAGUGGUACCUUGGGUUACAUACGCUUCAGGUUACAUACGCUUCAGGUUACAGACUCCGCUAACCCAGAAAUAAUACCUCGGGUUAAGAACUUUGCUUCAGGAUGAGCACAGAAAUCGUGCUCCGGCGGCAGCAGGAGGCCCCAUUAGCUAAAGUGGUGCUUCAGCUUAAGAACAGACCUCCGGAACAAAUUAAGUACUUAACCCGAGGUACCACUGUACUACAGUUCUCAUGUUUGAACUUGAACUUGGGUGUUCCUCUCCCAACAAUAUCUCUUCUAGCUACAUUGCCACUCACCUCAACUCCUGUGUUGUUGCUAUUAUUAUUAUUAUUUUAUUUAUUAUACUGCCCUUUAUCAAAAGAUCCCAGGGCAGUGUCCAACAAUAAAAUCACAUUACACAGCACCAAUAAUAUAAAGCACAAUAAGAGACAACAGAAUAAUAAUAACAACCUGAUAUGAUACACAAUCAAAAACAGUCAAUAUAUAUACAAUCGAUAAUAGUCAAUAUUCAAUCUAAGUAUAAAAUCAUUAAAUCCCUUUUUUCAAAAAAGGCGUCGAAAAAAAUAAGAAUUUUUACCCUUCCCAAUUCUCAUGCACUUAAACCUAAAUAUUAAACAAUUUAUAUAUAUCAAUUUUUACCAAAGUAAUUUUCACAAAUAUAUACUUAUAGGGGGGAACACCAAUCAAUUUUUAAGCUUCACACUUUUGAGAGAUCAAUCUCCCACUGCAAAAAAGAAGUUAACUUCCUUUCUUCUUGCCACCACUUAGGCUAUAUCCCUACCGACUUCUUAUUGAAGAAAUACCCUCCAAAUAAUGCUGCUAUACUGUCUAAAUUUUUGUAAUCCAAUAGCUGUAUAUUGUGUUCCCAAAAUUAUACUCCAAUUAUAUGGCCAAAGUUAAUAAAAAUGCUGAUAGGGAUUCCAAUUAUAUCCGGAAAUGUCCAAGGGGCACCAAAUACAUCCAGAGCUAGGAAAUAAAAAAAAAUUAUCUACAGGAGUCUGUCCACAAAUAAUUGUAAAAACUGUCAGUCUCCUUAUUUUGAAGUAAUAUUUUUAAGUUCAGAUGUAAGGACAGUGAUAUUUUUAAGUUCAAAUGUAAAGACUGAGAGAGAAGAGAAAAAGAAGGGUGAUAUUUAGUUUGACAGUCCAGACUAAUCCAAUAAUGAAAAAUGAAAAAUAAAAAUAAAACAUAGAGGAGUGAUUAAUUCAGCUCCAAUUUUCCUCGGCUCCAAAUAAAAAUGUCAUACUGAAGACAGGCAGCUAGGCAGUUCUUUCUCAGUUCAUUCCGCGGACUCACACGAAAGGACCAGGGUAGAUAGCCCUCAUUCCAACAUAGUCCCUUUUUCUUUCCUUUUAUAUUUAAGCAUUCAAAUUUAAUUAAAUACAGAGGUACCCAAUCAUAGAAGAAAAAAAUUUUUUACUGUUCAAUAUUGUCCUUCCAUCCCUUUAUUAUAUUUUUGUUUGUCGCUGGAUGACUCCCUUCAACUUAAAAUGGAGAAACAAAAGUUCUAUUUCGUUGCGCAGUUUUUUUUCCAAAACCGAAAGUACCAAGAAGUAACUUUCUUUCUUUCUUACUUCGCUCAGACCGUUCGUUGUAUCAAAGACCUUUUAAAGUCACAAAAUAGUUACCCUCUGCUCCCUCUUUUAGUUAUCCUCUUUUUCUGUAACUUUUUGUUACUUUUGCAACAAUUUAUCUCCUUUUAACAAGUUCUCUGAGAGGGAGAAGUUCAAACCGCUUGCCGUUUUACCAACCUCCACUUCAUGCUCCACUCAUAGUCUUGCAUUCCUCUCUGAUUGCAGUCAAAACUGACCUCUUUUUUAUCUCCUUCUUUUUUUCCCAAAGCCUUUCUUUCAUACUCCAAUUAUAAUCCAAGUUUGGCUCCGAUUGAUUGCUUUUGAGAAUCGGUCACUCGCCCUGCAAGCCUGGGGCUGUGUUCUCGAGGGUGAGACAAUGGCUUCCCGGUGCCUGCUUUCUCCGCCCGCCGCUCUCUUCGCUCCUAUUACGGAGUUACCUGGUGGCCGGGCGAUCUGCAAAUGGCUCCGCUGGGAUCCUGACCCUCUGGUUUCCCUCCAGAGGGGUUCUGGGGGGCUAUCGCGCCCUGUAGCACCCCCUUUUACCCUCGAGAACCCGGACUUUCUCUACCGAGAAAAAGUCCCACUUGCGACGGGUCCGUGGCUCAACCGGAAGUCAGGCCAUAGAUUAUUUAAUGGCUAAAUUCCUGGGUAAAGAGGAAUGUUUUUGCCUGGUGCCUAAAGGCAUGUAAUGAUGGCUCCAGGUACUCCAACCAUCUGCAAAACGCCUCUUUCACCACUCCAUGAUUGUAUCCAGGCCAGAUCCAAGCUAGGAGUAGGCCAAUGGAAGACUCUCCAGGUCAGAAGGCCUGGCUCCUGGGUGAGAUUGAGCCCUGCAGUACCUCUGCUUCUAGAAAUGAAACAUUAAUUCCCGGAGCCGUCUCAGGCCACUGCUGUCUCCCCUCCCCUCUGCUCUUCUCAUGACUACAUCUCUCCCCUCCACCUCCUCACAGGUUGCGGAGGAAUGAAUCUGCCCUCUCUCUGCAGCAGUGUUUUCAGUAUGACACCCUACAGCAGAAGCUCAAAGGGCUGGAGGAGGAGAACCAGAAACUGCGGACAGAGGUGAGAUUCUGAGCUGGGCUGGGCUGCAGGUGUAUGUGAUUUGUCUUCUCUAUCUAAUUGUCUGGGAAUCAAGGAAAGAUACUCGGCACAUGCUCAGAUGCUUUCGCUCAGUCGUAUUACCGAGCUGAAAUCCUAGAAUCCAAACUGGAACGCAAGAAUCAUGCAGCGUCCAGCACUGGGUGUCUUGUGAUUGCGACAAUAGGCAGGAAAAUCAUCAAGUGGUCUGCGAAGACCGCCGGCCAUUUUGAAGUGAUCGAUGGGGGGCAUAAAAAAGCUCAGGAACCACUGUCUUAGAAGGUUUUAGGUGCAUUAUCUCCCAGAGCGCUGCUACGUUUUCACAACGUCUUGGUGUAACAUAAAGAUAACCCCUUAAUGUUACAUAUGUCUGUCUCUUUGAACCCAGGUCACAAGCAUUGCCACGGAAACCUCUGAAUAUGAGGAACAGGAGCAGAAGCUGAUGAUCGACUGCGUGGAGCAAUUUUGUAGGUUCUUAGUUUUGGGCAGGGAGCUUGAAAUUUAAGCCCCAUUAAUAACAAUAGAAGGCUACUUUCAGGCAUAAUUCCAGGACUGGAGAGGGAUGGUUGGUAUUUGGUGGUGGUGGGGUUUUCCUGGUGGGGUGGGGAGGCAAAGAAUAACCCAGUCCUCUGUAUCUGCUCUGACCUGCCUCCGCUCUGGAAUUAAGUUUUAAAACAGUCCUCUAUUAUUUGUCUGUGUGUGAGAGAGAGGUGUUUGUGUGUGCGAGGGGCCUCCCACAUAUUUACACAUGUGUCUUGCCCUGUCUUCUUCUGGCAUGUAGCCCUCGGAGGGUUGGCAAAGAGGGGAGUAUGGCUCUUGGUGUAAGCAAACAAAAAAAGGUUCCCCAUCCCUGCUAUACACACUUACCUGGGAGUAAGUCCCCUUGAGCUCAGUGGUCCUGCUUCUGAGUAGAUACACAUAGGAGCACACAGCAAGAGUUUCCAUUAAAACACAUUCAUGCAUUUAUCUCCCACCGUUUCUCAAAGGAGCACAAGGUGACACACACGACUCUCCCCCUCUUCACUGAAUCCCCACGACAACCCUGUGAGGUAGUUUAGGCUGACAGGCAGGGACUGUCUCGGGGUCACACCCUGCAAGCUUUUAUUCAUGGCUGAGUGGGGAUUUGAACCCUGGUCUCCGAGGUCCAAGUCUUAACUGCUACACCACAAAGCAUGUGUACAAACUCCAAAAGUGAGAUUCUGAUCCCAACCACCUUCUGUGGAAGGAGACAAUUCAUACAUGUUCCCCCUCUAGUACCAUCAUAACUAAAAAAUACUUGAGGCAUAUAUGAAAGAAGGUGGCUUUUGACGUGGGAAAGGGCGGCUUAAAAUGACCUCUGAUUACAGACGUCCCUGACUUUCAGGGAUGCUUAAGGAAGGUGGGGCAUAAUAAUUAAUACCCUGCCCAUCCGACUGGGUUUUCCCAGCCACUCUGGGCAGCUCCCAACAGAAUAUUAAAAACACAAUAAAACAUCAAACAUUAAAAACUUCCCUAAACAGGGCUGCCUUCAGAUGUCUUCUAAAAGUCAGAUAGUUGUUUAUCUCCUUGACAUCUGAUGGGAGGGCAUUCCACAGGGAGGGUACCACUACCGAGAAGUCCCUCUGCCUGGUUCCGUGUAACCUCACUUCUCGCAGUGAGGGAACCGCCAGAAGGACCUCGGUGCUGGACCUCUGUGGGACAGAAAACAUGUACGGGGGUAGCAGAGGAUGAGUGGAGUGGGCUGGGGUGACAGAAAGCUUUGCCCCACUUUCUGGUCUGCUGGAUCCUGCUGUGGGCAUAUUGGAAGCUGCGCCCUGGUGCGUUGCAUGCUGCUGGUGUCUCUUGAGUUGUAAUGAUCCUGUGUCUCUCUUCCUACUACAGCGGAUGCUAGUCGAGAAGUGGUCCUGCUCUCUGAGGAGCUGGCCCGCAAGACGGAGGACACGGCACGGCAGCAGGAGGAGGUCAGCCAGCUGCUGGCACAGAUUGUGGAGCUGCAGCAGAAGUGCCGCGUGGUAAGCAUAAAGCAAAGGGCCGGUUGGGGCCAGAAUCGGCACCCAGAGUGCACCCAGAAACACACAGAGUGCACACAGCUCCUCUGUGAAGUCAAGGGUGCCUCAGGGAUGUGGGUGUGAUACAAGGGAACAUUCCUAGCAUAUCUAGGAAGUCAAGAUGAGCAGCCCUGUGUUGCAGUGGAUGUGUCAAUGUGUUCAGCACUUCCCUUUAAUUAAAAAAACCCAACCAAUUAAACUCUUGGAUUAUGCCGAAAUGGCAAAAGUGACCGGGAAGCUCAGGAACCAAGAAGACCAAAUGAAGGAAUGAAUGAAUCUUUAUUUGCGCCAGCCAUCGGCGAUGGCAAUAAAACAACAAUACAACCAGACAAAGAAUAGAAAUGAAAAGUCAAUUAUAUAAAAUACAUUUUAGGGUUUUGAAGCAAUAGUUAAAUAGUGGAUCUUAUUCGGAUUGCCCCAGCUAAAAACCUUGCAACCUUUGCUGUCACCUGCUCAUCUUGGUCUGCCAAGAGAAAGGACACUGUGGCAGUGGCUGGGCGACCCGGAAUGGACAAUAAAAGAGGGGUGAUCUCAUUCCUCAAGUCUUUAUAAAGAGUGCAAGAAUACCAAAACCUUAACAAAGAGUGGGGGUGGGAAUUAUAAUUUAUCUUGGAGACCACUGUAAGCAGACGAAAGUAUUAGCAGGACUGCAAUAACACUUGUAAUGUAGCAAAUACAAUUGUGUCUCUGCUCCCGAAUGCCUUGGGUGUUGAACGUUCCGGCUCACAAACGAUCGAAAACUGGAAGUGAGUGUUCCGGUUCUUGAACAUUUUUUUGGAAGCCGAACAUCCGAUGGGGCUUCCGCUAUUGUUUCCGGUACGCCUGGGCAAUCGGAAACCGGUCAGAAGCCGCGCCUUGGUUUCCGAACGUUUUGGAAGUCAAACGGACUUCUGGAACGGAUUCCGUCGGAUCCAAGGUACGACUGUACUAUGGAGACAAUGGAGUGUUACAAAAUAUGGACUGCUGAAUAAUAUACAGUAGAAAGGGUUGACAAUAGGACCCACGGAGAGGAAGGUGGGAAGUCCAGAGAUUCAGAGGAAUCUUUAAAUAUGGAUGUGUAUUGCCAUAUUCUUAUAAUUGUAAAAUCAAAUAAUUAAAAAAAAAACAAAAAAACCCCCCAAGGACACCGUGGAUGAUCCUGGUGGCAAUAACUCUUAUCUUUCUUCCUCCAGUAUGGUUCAGAAGUGGAGGAGCUGCAGCAACAUCUUGCUGCUGCCAAGGAGGUUCAGCAGCAGUUACGAACAGAGGUUUGUAUCCUUGGAGACAGGGCGGCGGCAGGGGUGGUUGUGGUGGGUGAUGGCUGGUUGCGUCUGUCCAGUACAGAGAGGAAUCUGAACAACAGCAAGCAACACGUCAGCUGAUAAUAUACUGGCAAUAUUUUUAUAACACUAUGCUGUUUCAAGAUUCAUAAACAGAAGACAUAUAAUAUGUGCCUGGAGUCACAAACUAACAGCAAUCAAAUGUUCCAUGAACAGGAAUGGUAGGAUGCUAAGUCACUGUCAAAGAUCACUGAAACGGAGGCAGAAUGCCUUUCCCACAGUCAAUAUCCUACAGACAUGAGAUGGUGGGUGCUCCAAACAUUGCAAUAGGGUGCUCCAAGCACUGCAGAAGACAGUACAGUUCUUCCAGGAUAACGAACUGAUUGAAUGAUAAAUCUUCAUCAGCAAAUUAAUACAGUGGACACUCGGGUUGCGAACGUGAUCCGUGUGGGAUGCACGUUUGCAACCCGCAGCGCCAUGUCUGCGCAUGCGUGGGUCGCGAUUGGGCGCUUCUGUGCAUGCACAAGUGCUGAAACCUGGAAGUAACCCGUUCUGGUGCUUCUGGGUUCGGCGCGGUGUGCAACCCGAAAACGCACAACCUGAAGCAUCUGUAACCCGAGGUAUGACUGUAGUCCCCAAAGAUACAUCAAAUGGCCAAGGAUCAGCUAUCGCUAAAAAGUAUAGUAAGGUGAUGUGUUGCUUGUUGUUAUUCUGAGUGUCCUGUUUUGCAACACGGGGGAUUUUCUUUGGUGUACAGUACAGGGAGGAAGGCAGAGAGAGAACUGUAGAGUUGGGAGAGACCACGAGGGUCAUCCAGUCCAACCCCCUGCAAUGCAGGAAUCUUUUUGCUCAACGUGGGGCUCGAAACCAUGACCCUGAGAUUAAGAGUCUGAUGCUCUACCGGCUGAGCCACUGCUCAGCUUCUGUUGGAGGAAGUGCGCUUCUGAAAACCAGUUGCAGGCAGUCACAGGUGGGGCAGACCGCCUUUGCACUCAUGCACAGCUUGCCAUCUUCCCCUAAGUAUCUGGCCAGCCAUGGUGAGAAUGGGAUGUUUUUGGACUAGCUGGGCCUUUGGCCUGGUCGAACAGGGCCCUGUAUCCGUUUUGUGCCAGCCUGCUUUGGCUCUCCCCACUCACAUACAUUUCCCAGGGGUUCUCCGACGGAAGGGCAUGACUGUUGAACAAGUUUUAAUGCCAAUAAAUACCUAUUGUAAUGAAAAAAAAGGGGGGGUAAAAAGGUCAGGAGAUCAUCACUGUUGACUGAUAUCACAGCAAGUUCAGUCACAUGUUUUAAUUGAACCUGAACAUGUAACUGGUGUGUUAUUAUUAUUAUUAUUAUUAUUAUUAUUAUUAUUAAUAUAUUAUUUGUAUUUGUUAAUAAUAAUAAUAUAUUAUUUGUACCUCGCCCAUCUGGCUGGGUUCCCCCAGCCACUCUGGGCGUCUUCCAACAAAGAUUAAAAAUGUCACACAGGGCUGCCUUCAGAUGUCUUCUAAAAGUCAAAUAGUUGUUUAUUUCUUUGACAUCUGGUGGGAGGGCGUUCCACAGGACGGGCACCACUACUGAGAAGGCCCUCUGCCUGGUUCCCUGUAGCCUUGCUUCUUGCAGUGAGGGAACCACCAGAAGGCUCUCAGCGCUGGACCUCAGAGUCCGGGCAGAAUGAUGGGAGUGGAGACGCUCCUUCAGGUAUACUGGCCCAGAGUUGCAGCAGAGUUAGGCACUGCAAAUCAAUUCUAGAGUAAAACAACUGCCCCUAGUUUCUCUUCUCAUUGUGGCUUGGCCUGAUUAAGAUGAGAUGCCUCUCCUCUUGCACUUUCAGCUCCGAGACCUGCAGGAGAAAUACGUGGAGUGUGGGGCAAUGUUGCAUGAAGCCCAGGAGGAGAUGAAAAACCUCCGGAAUCGCAGCCUCCCCAACAGCACCAUCCACCGUCACAGCUCCCCUACUUUUUUGCCCCUGGUAAGUACAGCGCAUCUUGGGGUAGGGGGCUGCGUAAAGGAGGAGAUACCGGGGAAACAGAAUUGGUUUGUAAAAGAGAGUACUCUUGAUAGGAGGCAGAGCAGUGGGGAUGGCAGAAGGUGGUUAUUUUAGGAGGAGGAGGCGAACAGCAUGUCUCCUUAUUGGGAAGAGCAGCCAGGUUGCUUCCUUCACAUUCCAACGGGUGCAUUUUAAGCUCCUAGUCCUCAGCGAGGGAGGAGGGGAAAGUGGGAUAAAGAAGGGCAAGCCUCGGGAUUUCAUUUUUUAAAAAAUAUUCUAUUUUUUACUAACCACCAAAACACAAACAGUGAAACCCCCCAGGCGGCUGAUACAUUGGGUAUGCAUAUUCAGUAAUAUACAUAUUCAAUAAUAUUCAAUAAUAAAAUAUUCAAAUCAACCAUAUGUACACUUCUAUAUACCUUAACACUUCUCCCUCCACAAGGUUUAUUUAACUUUUAACAUUUUAAUUGCCCGCCUCGGGAUUUCAUUUGAGUCAGGACUGAAUUAUGGGGAUUUGGUUUUUUCUUCAAUGGGUUCUGUUCCAUGAACCAUGCUAACAGUGUCUCUGAGCGUGCACAGUCCGACCACUAAGCAGCUCCAGCAUGUUUUCCUCGCUCCCCCAUUCCCCAGUCUGACAUUCCUGUCUGGUUUGAACACAGGCACAGAAGCCACACCCCCCCCCAUGGUUAUGGGUGAGGGUUUUACCCCGCCCAGUCUGCCCUGCUCUCUAUUCCCACCUCCUGGGGAAGCACAAAUGGAAUGGAAGAAAAAGAAAUUGAUUCUGGGAAUUCCCUGGGCAUCUUUUACUAGUGGAAGACCACCUGCCCACUGUGACUUUUUGAAUUGCAGGAUUCCCUGGCUGCAGAGAUCAAGGGCACGAUGAGAAAGAGCGUGGACACCUCUGGUUCCUCGGAGUGCAAGUAAGUGGGAAGGGCACAAGAUACCUGGUGUGUGUGUGUUCAUGUGUGCAAGCUAGACCCAUAAAAAUGAGUGGCGAAAGCAAGAAGUUCUCAGAGGAUGGCAUCGUGAAUACAGCACAACCCCUGAGGCCAAAUGGGGGAAGAAGGAGGAGCCUUUGGAUCAGGAGGUGAAAUUCAGAAUGAUGGCAGGGGGAGCGGCCCGUGUUUUGUUAGCCCAAAAAUUAGAAAACGAGCAAGGUCCCAACUAAAGAAGAAUGGCAACUUAAGCUGACAGAAUAUGCGCAGCUUGCAGACUUAACAUAUAGAAUAAGAGAACAAGAAGAGCAUACAUAUAGAGAAGAUUGGAAAAUGUUGAUUGAAUAUAUGGGGGGAAAUUGUGUACACCGGAAAACAUUGGCAGCAUUAAGAUAAUAAAUUCAACAGUGUAAGUAAGUUAUGAUGGAUGCAAUAAUGGAAUACUGAAUGGUAUAGUUUCUGUAAAAUAUGCAGGGAUUUAUGAUAUGUAAAAUGAACCAUGGAAAGAGAAGAAGGGAAGUCACUGAUAUUUUAAGGAUGUAAAAAGGAGUACUUUAAAUUGUAAAACAGAAAAUUUAAUAAAAAAAUUAUAUACGGAAUGAUGGCAGGGGAGAACCUAUGUGGCUCUUCAGCUGUCCUUGGGCUCCAUUUCCCAUCAGCCCCCGUCAGCAGGACCAGUGGCCAGGAAAGAUGGAGGCUGGGGACAGCAGCAGGUUUCCCUAUCCCUGGUUUAAAAACUUGGGUUGGGGGCAGAGCUAGGGUUAGAAAAGUUAACUCUUGGGGACCAGAGGAGGAGGAACCAGUGCAAAAUUUAGGGUGCUGCAGAUGGUUCCCCCACACAGGGCGCUGAGCUGAGGGGGCACAAAAUAACAACAUCAGGAUUUCCCAAGCUUGGGUCUCCAGCUGCUUUUGGACUACAACUCCCAUCAUCCCUAGCUAGCAAGACCAGCGGUCAGGGAUGAUGGGAGUUGUAGUCCAAAAAACAGCUAGAGACCCACGUUUGGGAAAUCCUGGCCUAUAUUAGUACCAUGAGAAGAUCCAUUUAAAAAAGCAACUGGACCAAAAGGAAUUACUAUGACAAAUUAAGAAAUAUGGGAGGGGGAGGCAUGCUAAUUUUGUCCUUGCUCAGGGCACCAUAUUACCAGAGUCCUGCCCUGCCAUGACCUCCCUUUGUGUCCCACUACUGACCCCGUCUCUGCCUUGUAUGUUAAUCUCAGGGGUGUCCGUCGGGUCUUUGAGACAGUGAAGGCUGUGAACCAGGUGGCGAAAGCCAGAUCGCGGGCAGAGUCUCCCCUGAGCCUCCCAGUGUACUCUCCCAAAUUUUCCUCCCUGGGCUGCAGCCGCCUGGGCACUCCGCGCACCAGCUUCUACGGUUCAGACAGCCCCAUUGCCGGAGGCCUGGAGGGGCACGACGGCCAUACUUCUGAAGGGCCGGACGAAGCACGGUGAGUCCUGCCGAGACACGGUCUAGGCACCUUGCCACAACCUAUUUUCAAAUGGUCGUUUCCUCAGGGCGGAGACCUGUCUCCUGUACAACGCCACAGGCCUUGGUGGCAGCGGUGAUCAGCGUGGCUAAUUCCACCUCCUGUUCUUUGGUUUCAUUUAGCCGGCGCGAGGCUGGCACACCGGGCACGCCCGGCCGGCACGACUUGGAAGCUGCCGUCCGGUGCUUGUCGGCCCGCCAGGAGAGCCACAGCACUGAGCGCUCGUUCUUCGAGAUGGAGAGGGAACGCAAGCUGAGGCGGCUGGCGAGGGACGCCGAGGACUCCAGCGGGUUCCUCACGCCCAACGAAAGCAUCACAUCCACCGGCACCAACUAUUCGGGCAGCUCUGGCGGUUCCGGGUUUUCUCUGGGCUCCUUCUCUUGUUUCCCCGAUAAGCUUCAAAUCAUCAAGCCUCUGGAAGGUCAGUGGGAGACGGCAGUCAAGAACUGGGGUGGGGGGUGCUCCCUUGGAGGGAGUGGGUGAUCCAUGGGCACACUUUGGGCUAUAUUUUGCUGAAUUUAUUCCGAUGCGUCCGUCUGUUGAAUUAGCUUGCAAGUGCAUAGGGACUGGAAGCAUGUGAUGGUUUUUAAAAAGUCAUUUGGCGGUAUUCAUUCAUUUAUUUUUUACACUUUACAUACCACUUAGGGUUUAAACAAAUCUCUAAGCAGUUUUCAACAUAAGCUGAAACAUCUUAAAUCAGCGGUGGCCAAGCUUGGCCCUCCAGCUGUUUUUGGACUACAACUCCCAUCAUCCCUAGCUAACAGGACCAGUGGUCAAGGAUGAUGGGAAACGUGGAGGGGGGGAGUGAAAUCUAGUUAAAGAAUCCCCAUCUGGUGCGCCGAGGGGCCGAGGCAGUUUCCCCCUCAAUUAUUUUUUUUUAAGGGACUGAGCCCUUCAAUAUUCAGGGGGUGUUUGGCUCGGCCUCCUGGCUCCUCGCGACAUUGUGCAACGUUGUGUGCAUGAUGUCAUGCCAUUGCACAGUGUUGCGCAUGAGCCCCCUCAAUCCUAUUAAGAAGGUGACGCCUCUGAUCCCCAUAAUCCCUUGCCCUGGAAAAGGGGGAAAGGGAAAACGGGAAUUGCAAGGAAGAAGUGCCUGUCCAUUGCUCUGGGAUUUGCUUGAGGAAAAUGACCGUUUAUGCAGCUUCUCAGUGCAAGAGUAUUUCCAGUUUUAAUGGGAUGGAUUGGGGCUUGGGGGAGAUUUGUACCUUCAGCAUCAAAAGUACAACUGGCAAUUAGCCAAGUCUUUGUUUCUGGCUAUGUUUCUGAGAUCCAGCACUGAGGGCCUUCUGGCGGUUCCCUCAUUGCGAGAAGUGAGAUUACAGGGAACCAGACAGAGGGCCUUCUCGGUAGUGGUGCCCGCCCUGUGGAACGCCCUCCCUUCAGAUGUGAAGGAAAUAAGCAGCUAUCUUCUCUUUAAAAGACAUCUGAAGGCAGCCCUGUUUAGGGAAGCUUUUAAUAUUUAAUGCUGUAUUGUUUUUAACACUUGAUUGGAAGCCGCCCAGAGUGGCUGGGGAAACUCAGCCAGAUGGGCGGGGUAUAAAUAAUAAAUUAUGAUGAUGAUGAUGAUGAAGAUGAUAAUGAUGAUGAUUAUUCUCUGGCUCUAAAGAUGUGGGGUGCAAAACUUAACUCCAAAGAGCUGGACCAGUCCUGUUGCAAGGUGUUCGAUAAUCUUGCUUCUGUCCAGCUUUGCUAACCUUGGCCAGUUGACUUUAAACGCAAGUUACUUGGCAUCGCUUGCAUUCCUGCCUAUGUCCCUUUCCCUCCCGGUCUCUCUUUAGGCUCCAUGACCCUCCACCACUGGCAGCAGCUAGCCCGGCCUCACCUGGCAGGGAUCCUGGACCCUCGGCCAGGUGUGCUCACCAAAGAUUUCCGGCAGCUUGACACAGACCUGGAGGAGGUCUACAACCUGAAUGACCUGGAAGAAGACGAUGUGGAUGCAGGCUCCUUCCCGGCCCUUGCUACCUCGACACCUGCCAAGGCCAAGGAGAGGCCUAGUGGUGAGUCAGUUGGUUCAUUUCUAAACGUUGUGUGCCAGUAGGAAAGCUUGGGGAGUGUCCUGGACAAGUUUCUGUCAUAUGGCAUCCCUGUGGUGUGAUAACCACAUCCCUGAGCAUGUGCACCAGAUCCUAGGGGCUGAGGGACUUUUGGCCCCCACAAGGUCCUUUUUUUGAGGGGGGUAUUGAGCCCCCCUCAGUGUUCAGAGGGCCUUUGGCUCCACCUCCCAGCUCCUCGCAACGUCAGGAUGUUGCAUUGGGCCCCCUUAAUCAUCUUGAGAAGUUGAUGCCUCUCUCCCUGAGUCACACUACUUUUGCUUCAAGUCCACUGGCAGCCAUUUUGUGAACCAACUGUUGAGGUGCUCUGUAGCAAAUUGGCAGCUGUUGUGUGUGUUUGUGUCUUGCCCUGAACUGCUCGGGGCUCGCAGGCUGGGGGGCUGCUGUUCUAGUGACCCCCAGUUCUGCCAGUCAGUCCCAUCUCCCCUGUCAACUUGGGAGCAGGGAUACUACAAACAAAACACCCAUUUUUUUUUCUGUGAGGUAUACCUAGGUGGUGGUUUGGCAAUCUCGUUUAACUCUUCAUGACUCCCUCAGUUUUUAAAAACACAUAUGAAGAAUAAGUUCCACCACCUCAGGUUUGUGUGUUUUAAGGUGAUUCCGGAGGCUUCAAAGUUGACGGUUUGAUUUCUCCUUAACCACCAACCACUCGCAAGCCAUUAAUUUAUAACUCUUGCAGUUGCCCUUUCUAAUUUGAAGGUGGGAGCAAAAUAGUAUUUGGGGGCACAGGUGGUGGGGGGAGAGAAGAGGAAAAUUCAGGAAGGAUGGGGAAAAUACCCUGCUUACAUUGUCAAAAAACCCAGUGUACUUGCAAUUUCCUUUCAUUUUUUUUUAAUACUUCACAAUAACUAGCAUAAACAUGGGGCAAGGAGCCAUUGCUAAAACCUGACCUCUGCAAAAGCACCUAGACCUUUGGGUUUGUAUUCAGCUUACGGCCCACUCCGUUAAAAUGGAGAUAUGGGGACCAUUUAUUUAAGGGGGGUCUGUCCUGAGUAAAACUUAAGUUGAAUACAGCCCACACAGUCCACAAGUUGAUGGUGAGGGAUGUCCUUUCCCACAGGAAAAGCAUUUCCUGAAAAUCACCUUGAACAACAUGAAGGGGUUGGGGGUGGAGGCAGAGGGAGAGGGCUUCAUCCCUGUCGGCAUUUAUGAAAAAGUAUUCCUCCAUACCUCCCCCUUAGAUAACCUGGCAUUUGUCUCUGUCUGUCUCCACGCCCCACCAACACCACCCUGCCCCACUCAUUAACCCUCCGUUUUCCUGUCCGUUUCAGUAUUUCACUCCGUUAACAAUCUGCCCCAGACCCCGCCUACUUUCACCAUCACCACCUGUUGCUUCUCGCACCCUAGCAACGAGGUUACCAUGGUGACACCCAGGUAAGCAUCCUCUGUGGUCCUCCCUUCCGCCAGCUUUCCAUCAUCCUUUUGCUUCUGCUCCUCCGUCAUCGCCAUAAGGAGGAUUUCCCUCUGUGUGUGUGUGUCUUGUCUGCCGUUUUUAACCUGCAAUCUCCCUCCCCACCAUUUUGGAUCCUAGGCACUGCUGACCCCGGUAUGGGCAUCUCCUGCAGCCCUUGGCGUAUUGAUGGGGUGGGCUCCGAAGUAAGAAAUCUCUUCCCUGCCUCUUUUCUCUCUAUCCUACCUGGGGAGAGCUGGGCAAGGAAACCUCCCUCACCUGUUCACUCUCCUUCUUGAGCAAUGCUGGCUUGAGGACAAGGGAUCCCAAGGCCCAUCUGCUGAUGCCUGCAGAGGAGGCCUUUAUCUAGGAAAACACAGGCACCCAAAAGUGGUCGUGUGGCUCAUUCUCAGGAAAUAGAGGUGCUGUGGCUCAAACAAGUUCACCUGCGAGACCUUGAGGGCCCUGCCCUUUAAUAUAAGGCACUGGGGAGGGGGCCUUGAUGUUCAGAAGGAAAGGCACUCUGCACAUGGUCAGAGGAACACUUGCUCCACAUUUCCUGGAUCCCAAGCUGUGGCAUCUUAAGAGCAGCUGGGGUUUGAAACCUUUUUGUUGUUGUUGUUGCUCUGAUCCACAUUAAGCCAUAACGCAGAGGAGUCAUUGAACAUCACAAUGGCUUAAGAAGUGGGCUCCUCCCAGGUGAUGUGGAGCCUUGCCUUGAACCAAUGUCAAGUCUUGAUGUGUCUGAUAAAAAUAUUUCCACGGGACCCUUAGGUCAAUCGGCAGCUGCUGCUACAGCAGCCUUCCCCCUCCACUUGUCUCUCAGCCAGCGGGCUUGUUUUUAUGAAGGAGAAUGGGAAGUUUCCUGCCCAGGGUUCAGAGGAAUCAGAGGUUGAAUGAGCUGGCCCUCCCCACCCGAAGGGAAUCCAAGCCUUCUUAUGUGCUCUUUUAAUGAUAAGAUAACACUUGCAGCAGGAUUCAUUCCCUUUCCCGAGAAUUCAGGGUGACUAACGGCAAUAAUUUUGAGCAAUACGAGAAUAACAGAAAGAAAGAAAAGCGGCAGCCUUAUAAACGACACCUUCAAAUACACUCUAUUCAUAUACUAGUUAUAGAAUCAUAGAGUUGGAAGAGGAUCCCCAAAGGUCAUCUAGUCCAACCCCCUGCAAUGCAGGGAUCACAUUGACCUGUAUAACUGGAGAACAAACCUUAAGGUUUGUUUGUUUUUUUAUAAUAUUAAAGCCCACAUAUCAUAAUAUACAAUUCCCUUUUUUAAAAAAACAAGCUGUCCAAAAUUAAAAGCCUUUUUAAAGUAGCUGUUUAAGAAAAUCUCCAGCUUUUUUAACCCUAAUAAUAAUAAUAAUUUUAUUAUUUUUAUGCCACCCAUCUGACUGGGUUGCCCCAGCCGCUCUGGGCGUCUCCCAACAAAAUACUAAGAGUGCGAUAAAAACAUUGACCAUUAAAAACUUCCCUGUACAGGGCUGCCUUCAGACAACUUAUAAAAGUCAUAUAGUUCUGUAUCUGUUUGAUAUCUGGUGGGAGGGGCUGUCCACAGGGUGGGGCAGCCCUACUGACUUAUGAAUUGACUUCCCUGCCCCAAACCAUAUGCUACAGGCCAUUGAUGACUUAUUACCCUUUCUUUCAAGGGUAGUAUCCAUUCUUCUUCCUCCUCCCCAUUUUAUCCUUGCAACAGCCCCGUGAGGGUAGGAGAGGCCGAGAGGUAGUGACUGACCUAAGGCCACCCAGCAAGUAUGGUCUAGAAUCCCCAUUCUCCCAGCCCAUCACUCUGACCACUGCACCGCACUACCUUGAUUUGAAGAACACGAAAAGAAGAGGAUUUGACGGUGGGGACAGGCAGCUACAUUCAGCCACUGGGCACAGCCACAUCUAUUAACCCACUAACCUUUCUCUCUAGCCUUAGCACUAACCCAUCUGCUUUGCACAGGUUAAAUGGGCACUAACACUGCGGGGUCAGACCCAAAGGCGGCAGGGGCUGCCUCCCUUACUCCCAUUUCCUUGACUGCACAGAGGAGUAGGGAGAAGGGGGUAGGUAGAGGAACAGACAACUAACUGGUGUGACUGGUUUAUAACAUGAACUUCUGAUAACGAGAGCGAUGAAUGAGUGUUUGUGAGCAAAGACGUUAUGGCUCAGUGUGUCUCUGUCCACGUGCCGUUUUCAACCAGCAGGAGGCAGUGUCGCUACCUGUGCCUGCCCUUUUCUCCAGUCCCCUAAAAACAGAUUCACACAUUCAGAAUCUCUGGGUUAGUUCAGGUGUGGCACCCAGCCUGUUAGCACCUGUAGAUGUGCUGCAGGGCCAGCUCAAGGGCAGCUGCCAGCAUCCUGGUGCCUCCCAGUGUCAUUGUGACUACAAUUCCCAUCGUCCCUGGCCACUGGCCGUGCUAAUGGGAGUUGGAGUCCAACAACGCCCGAAAGGGUCCAGGAUGGGGAAGGCUGACGAUGGCAGUGCUCGGGCGAGGAAAAUCCAGCCGGCACAUUGCCCGCCCCGCCCCCUGCUUUCUCUCAGUAAUGAGCAACGGGUCACAGUCCACCAGGGUAAGAAGAAGGUGCAGCCCCACUUGUCCCUUUAUUGGCACUUCUGGGUUGUUUUGUCGUGCUGAUGACCAGAAUGAGGCCUAUGGGGCUUUCCCCACAGAGAUUACAAAGAGAGAUGCCACUCUGCACCCAAUAGAGAAACAUGGUCCAUAGAGGCUUUCCAUUUUAACCCUGGCAGUUCCAAGCUAUGUGGCAUCUGCAUCUCCCUCUCUGUGCCCUGAAGAUGGAUCAGUGCAAAUCCCUACUUCCUGCUGGAUUGGGUCCCAAUAGAUAGAUCAAAUCCCUCUGGUUCUCAACCUGCCCAGGCUUAAUGGCAACCCCAAAGUCACAGCCCAAGGCAGUCACAUCAUGGGGAUGGAGCAGGAAUAAAUUCAGCCGUCAACUCAAAAGGAUUUGCACCACAAACAGCUUGUGAUUUUUAGCGAGAGAAUGCUGCAUUCAGAUGGAAGUGGCUCCUCCAUUUAUUUGAUUUAGUUCUGGUCUCUUGUGCUCUGAAUGGCAGCAAACUUGGGGGAAACUGCCUGUUCUCUGUAUGUGUUCUCUUAGCUCAGUCUCUUGGGUUGCCAGCUUCCCACAUAUAGCAAGAGGUCCAGCAUUUUCAUGGCUCUGCUUGGGGAUUUUCUAGUGAGCUGUAAUGUCAGCCUGAGCCAACUUGCUUGGCCACCGAUGCUGCACAUUAAAGAAUGCACCUGCCGUUGCAGAAGGAAGCUGAACUUGUUCCUGAGCGUCCUAUGCGUGCUUUUAGUGACUGCCUCUAGUCCAUGGAACUGAAUUUCUCUCCUCUUUUUUUGGUUUUUGUCUUUGUGUCCACCCCUUCCUUCUCCAGUCUUUAUAAUACAGUUGUGCCCUCUUGUGGGUCCGGCACGGGGCUGAGCCCCCCUCACCCUCCCCAGCUCCCCCUGCAGGAAGAGCCCAGCUGUGAAGAGCAGCAGGAGGACGACCCCCCUCUUGGACUAGUGACUCUGCUGACGGAGCAAGGCAUUUCUGCACAGAGAGGGGCGGGGGCAGCCUCAGCCUUGGCCCUCUUCCCCAGAGGCUCAGGCACCCUGUCUUGGCUGUCUCCUCCUUUGGGCUCCCUGUGGCGCUGCCGCUGGGGCGGCCUAGGGGAGUGGGCUUUGGGAUCGCCUCGGUUGCCGCAGAGGGAGGAGGAGGAGGACAAGCCCAGCAUCUUCAGCUUGAACCUGGUGGAGAAGCUGCAGCAGCUGGGGCUGGACAAGGUGGUGAGAAGAGGGGAGGCCUCGUACGCAGCUUCACACCUGCAGGGGCUUCAUCGGAGGAAGAGGUGUCUGUCGUGAGGACUCUGCAAUUUUGUGCUACCCUCCGCUAGUGGGGCGUCUGUGAGACAGAGGGGCCUUCAUGCGGACUGCCUCCUGGACAAAGCCCAACUGUGAUCCUGAAGUUUGGGGUGUGGUUGUGGGGAGGGACCCUGCAGGGCUUGGCAGCAAACAGGGGGUCUGCCAACCACAGUGCCCUGUUGCCAUUCUGUCCUCCACUUCCUGUGGAUCAGGAAAGUUGGGGAAUCAUUGUUUCGAUGUCUACCCUUGCUGAUAAAGCGUUUCACAGCUUCCUUCUGCCUCCAUCCUAGGAACCCUGGGCGUUGUGGUUCUGUGGGCCCUUUUUUCUGUGGGGCCCUUUUGCAAAACUGCAAUCCCCAAUGUACUUUCGCUAUGAAGGCUAUGGGGCAUGGGUAAGAGGAAUGAGCCCUGUGGAAAGAGCUGACCCAAAGUCCGAAAAGCACACAGCUCCAAGUUCAUCUUCAUGGACCACGACUCUCCCUGCUUCCUGCACUAUAGUCACUGCCUUCACUGCUAAUUCCCUUAAGAAAUGCACACCUUCUCUGUCUCUCUCUGUGUGUAGUACGUAAAGGCAAGUAGUGGUAUAGGCAGGACUUGUGGGAGUAAUAGGUUGGGCUUUUUGCAUGCAUGAUGGGCUUGAGAGGGGAUGUUUCUGUCCUUUACCUCUCCUGCCAACUUCAAUUUUCUUAGCCUCGGGCAAAUGCAAUAGUUGGGUCUCUUUCUCAUCUGGAUCCGGUGAGGUUUUCUCCAUUAAAAGACACCAUCUCAGUUCAUUGAGAAAAAGGGACAAAGAAAGCUGACCGGGAUCCUCUUGUGCCCUCCCCCCACGACACUCCCCUGUGGACCCAUUUAGUGCCCCUUCCUUUGCCAACACUUAGCCACCCAGAGCUGGCUUUGUUCGCCCCACACCCUGAGCUCUCCUUUUGGGGAGGCAAAGGUCUCCUCUCUUUCUUGUGCUGCUGAGAAUUCUCCCGCACUUUACUCUCCCCCUCCUCCUCCCCCUCCUCCUCCUCUACUCUCCACUGAAGUUUUUAAUACUGCACUGCCCCUGCGGCCACGGAAUCUGCCUCGUGUCUGUUUCAUCCUUUCCGGAGCAGGGCAGCUCUGUUUGUCUUCCUCCAAAGCGUCUUCUAACAACUUUUACGGUAAUUCUCAGACUUGGGCAGCUGUAUGGCUGGUUUCCACAGAUUGCUCUGUUGUGGGUCUCCCCCCCUUCAGUGGGCGUUCGUAUUUCCCCAUUUAUAAAUGUUAACUUAAAAGUCCCACACCCAUUCCUUGCACGCUCCUGUAUGUGUGCUGCACAACACUUUGCAUAGCCAGCCCCUCAUUUUGACACAUGCGUAUUCCUGUUACGUUCCUGUGUCUCCUUUCGGUGAAAUAAACAUGGUGUUGCUGUUGCUCCUG